UUGAUCAAAGAGCUCUCUAAGCAGUGUGCAGAUAAAACACACCGAAAGUCCACCACUGCCAGUUAGAAUACUUAAUAUUUGGCAACCUUUGUAAAUGGAUAUGUCUGACUUUGUUUUGAGUUAAUUGAAGCAGUCCCCUCUAGCCUAAUUCUGGCCACAUUCACACCAUACAGUCAAUGCACUAUAAUACCCCUUUAAACAGUCAUGACUCCCCGCAAAGAAUUCUGGGAGCUAUAGUUUAUUAAUGGUGCCAAGAGCUGUUAGGAGAGCAGUAUUCACCUCCCAAACCUACAAUUCCCAGAGUUCCCCGUGAAGUGGGAUUGUUUGUUGAACCGCUCUGAUAACUGUAGCUCUGUGAGGGGAAUCGGGGCCUCCUCACAGCUAUCAGUACCCUUAGCAAACUACAGCUCCCAGAAUCCUUUGAGGAAAGCAAUGGCUGUUUAGUAGUGUAGUGCUUUAAAUAGGCAGUGUGAACCUGUUUGCUGUGACUGGCAAUAGCUUUCCAAGGUUUCAAGCGGAGUCCUUUCGUUUUCCAGUCCUGAUUUUUUGCGGGAGCUUUUAAUAGGAGAGAGCAGAGGACAGGAUGUCCUCGACCUCAAGGUAAGUCUCUAUCCAGUUCACUUUGGUUGCCAAGGGAGGUUAUGUAGGGAUAUUAAAAUGUUUGACAAGGCAAUUUUCAACCAUGGGCCAUAUCUGGAUGAGAAAGAGGCAUUAAUAAAGCUAGGGCUGUAAUCGGGAAGACCGUGAGUGCAUUGGUAUUGGAAAAGUGAGUCAAUAUAGGCUUCAGGCCUAUCCAUUCUCUGUUUUCAUACUGCCGUUAACCUCUUUACUUCUUCCACCAGGUAUUUCCUUUUGUUUUCUGUUGUCAGACUGUGGUUGUCUACUUGACUUAAAUCGGUUUUAUACCAUCUUAGCUGAUAGUUCCCACCCAAGCAUUCUGGGAAUUGUAUUUUGCUAAGGAUGCUGACAAUUCCGUUAGCAGCCUCUAGCACUGGCCUCCCAUCACACAACAGCAAUUAUCAUAGUUCUGAGGGAAGUAGUAAUACCUGUUAAAAGUAUACUAACAAACAUAUUGUUAUGAGCACCUCGUUUCUCUGAGUGGUGAGAAAUCCCAGGGGUUGUGGGACAGCACUUAACCAAUUUUGUUUCCUUUUAGGGAGGAGAUCACUGGAGACUCCUGGGUGGUUUGUAAUAUUUACGUUUAUUUACAAAUUUAUUUAGUUACUUGAUUUCACAGCAUUUCUUUAGCUCUUGAUUGUAACAAAAACUCUUGAGUGGUUUAACAAAAAAGACUCCCAGCAACAUUAAAACAUUACAAGUAUCAGUUAAAACAACAACAACAGGUAAAAACAAGUAUUAAGAACAUUCAAAAUAUCAUUAAAAUCAGCAAUGCCAAAAAGAAAUUAAAACACAUGUCUGGAUUCUGCGGAUAGGCUCCAUGGUUCAUUUUGCAUAACAUAAAUCCCUGCAUAUUUUACAUAAACUAAAACAUUCAGUAUUCCAUUAUUACAUCCAUCAAAACUUAUUUACACUGUUGAAUUUAUCUGCCAAUGUUUUCAAGUGUACACAAUUUGCCCCCACAUAUUCAAUAAACAUUUUCCAAUCUUCCUUAAACGUAUGUUCUUCUUGUUCUCUUAUUCUAUAUGUUAGGUUCGCAAGCUGCACAUAUUCCAUCAGUUUAAAUUGCCAUAGGCAAAAAUGUUUUAAUUGGGCACCGAAGGAUACAACAAAACUCCUGAAUAAUGGAAACAGGCAGGGAGUUCUAAAGUGAAGGUGCUGCCACACUAAAAUAUUAACAGUGUCAGUUAACAGUGCCAGUUCCACAGAUCAAAGUGGCCGAUUGGAUAUAUAUAUAUAUAUAUAUAUAUGGGGGGUAGUGGUCCUGAAAGUAAACAGGUCCCAAACUGUUAAGGGCUUUAUAUACUAAUAGUAACACCUUGAACUUGGCCCAAUAGCAAACUGGCAAUCCGUGCAGGUCUCUGAGCCAAGGUGUUAGAUGCUGACAGGGUCGCAUCGCUGUCAGCAUCCUGCACAAGCUGUGGUUUUCCAGAUCCAAGGAGCAAAAGCAAAGCCCCAUGUAGAGCACACUGCAGUAAUCCAAUCCUGAAGUAACGAAAGCUUGAACCACUGGGGGCAAGCUUUUCUAGUCCAGAAACUGUCUUUUCUGUCGUACUGUCCGCAGAUAGCCAGUGAGGCUACCUGGGCUUCCAGUGACAAAGAUGGGCAUAGCAUCCGCAGACUGUGAACCUGCUCCUUCAGGGGCAGUGCAACCCCAUCCAGGGCAGGCAGUUGGUCAGUUUCUCAGGGGCACUGAAACCACUCACCCACAGCAUCUCCAUCUUGCCAGGUUUCAAGCUCAGCUUGUUUCUCCUCAUCCAUCUCACCCAUUGUGACUACACAGCCCCUCCAUUUUAUGGAGAAAUGGAGCUGAGUGUCAUUGGCCCACUGAUGGCACCUUGCCCUAAAACUAAUGACCACUCUCAGUGGAUUCAUAUAGAUAUUAACUCGCACUGGAGAUAAGACAGUUCCCUGCUGGAAUUAGUGCUUCCGCCUUUGUUUACUUGUGUCUUACUGGAACCUACAAGAAAGUUAAUAUGUUUCUAAACUGGUAAAGGUCAGACAGGUAUUCUGCAUUUCCUUUCUUCUUUUUUUAAACAAAAUAAUUAUGUUUUAAUAUACUAUAACAUUGUAUUUCCUAUACUUGUCACUUCCAAGGAAAGUAUGCUUAAUCAUUUAUCCAUGGUAUUUUGAAGCUUAUUUAUCACUUUAACAACAGAAAUGCAUCAAAUAAUUCUAGCUGGUUAUUACUUUUAAUAUCAUGAAUGGGGGCCAUAAACUUGCAAACUGCUUUCACAUCUGUCUUUCUCUCAUUCUUCCACUGAAAGCAGUUCUGGAAUUCUCUAUUAUUAUUAUUAUUAUUAUUAUUAUUAUUAUUAUUAAAUAAUACCCCACCCAUCUGGCCAGGUCUCCCCAGCCACUCUGGGCGGCUCCCAACAGAACACUAAAAAUAGAAUAAAACAUCAAACACUAAAAACUUCCCUAAACAGGGCUGCCUUCAGAUGUCUUCUAUAAGUCAGAUAGUUGUUUAUUUCCUUGACGUCUGAUGGGAGGAAGUUCCACGGGGCGGGUGCCACUACCGAGAAGGCCCUCUGCCUGGUUCCCUGUAGCUUUGCUUCUCGCAAUGAGAGAACCGCCAGAAGGCCCUCGGAGCUGGACCUCAGCAUCUGGGCAGAACGAUGGGGGUGGAGACGCUCCUUCAGGUAUACUAGGCCAAGGCCAUUUAAGGCUUUAAAGGUCAGCACCAACACUUUGAAUUCAGUGGCUAGCAAAUUUUUGUCCAGCUCCCAUUGAAUUCCCAGUCAUUGUAUGAUUUGACCAUUAUUCUUCCAAUAUCCCAAAUUUGGAAAGGAUUAAAAAUUCAAUGUAUCCCAUUAUAUCCUCAAUGGUGUUGGUUUUUUUUUUUAAAGAAUUCCCCUCAUUUAACUUUAUCACAGUUCCAUUACAUAUGCAAGAAAUCAGCCCCCUGUUCCUUUCAUAUCCAGCGUCAAUACUCAACCUUUCCUAAUCAGAGGUUAAAUACCAACAAUCAUAGAAUCAUAGUUAGAAAGGACCACAAUCGUCAUCUAGUCCAAUCCCCUGCAAUGGAGGAAUAUUUUGCUCAAUGUGGGGGCUCAAACCCACAACCCUGAGAUUAAGAGUCUUAUGUUCUACCAACUGACAUUAAAAGCAUCUUAUAAUAAUUCCCCAUCAUAUGUGUUGGUAGUGACUCAGCCAAAUGUGUAAUCUAUUUUAACAUGGUUCUCUGAUAUAAAUUUGCCUAUCACAUCUUUUGCCAUCUUAACUUGACGUCAUUAAUUUUUUCUCAUUGGGUGUUCUGCAUUUCAGAACACUUUAGUACAGGGAUAUGAAAGCUCUGGCAGAAUACACUCUGUGGUUUCUAAAUGGUUAAUGAGGAGGAACAGGACAACAUUGUUGUACAGGAAAGGGCCAAUGGAAAAAUUGCAGCUGCUGGAGAUUACCUUAAUGGCCUUGGCAAGUAUUCUAUAUGUUAGGGAAAUUACAGGUCAGUGGCCUGCAAUUACUAGGAAAGAGUUGGAGGUUUUUAUGGAAGGUUGAAAACCAUUUUUGCUACACCUUUCUCUCAAACUGUGUGUAAAAAGCAGGGGUUGGGAACCCUCCUUUACCCCAGCCCACAUGGUCAAGGUUUCUAUCUGCCCUGCCUGUUUUUGGCAUCUUGAAACCAGCCAAGAGAACCACAUGAGUUUUUAAAGUGACUAAGAAUUGUUAGCAAGAGACAAGCUGAGUAAGCAGUAGUGCAGUUAGGUGAUUUUUGACUGGCGGGGGUGGUGGUGGUAGUGAUCUUACAAGCACUCCACACUUUGGAUGGAAAUGUGAAUUACUUUAGCAUGUGGUACACCAGCCCUGCUGUGGUUUGAGGGCUCUCCUGCUCACUCUGUCCAAAAGUCCUGCACUGAUGACACCAAUGGAAAAAGAACAGUAAUUUUUCAGCCUGGAAAGAUUUUUAUUACCUUCCCUUAGGCUCACACAGGAAGCUUAUACAGAGUCAUCCCACUGCUCCAUCUGGCUCAGUAUUGUCUACACACAGACUGGGAGAUUUCUCCCAGCCCUAUGUGGAGAUGCCAGGAAUUGAGCCUGAGCUAAAAACAACUUUUGUUUAAAAGAACUUCCUUAUGUUGCUCCUCGCACCCUUUAAGAGAGAAAAAGGGGAUUCCCCACCACAAUUACUUAAGCACAUUAUAAGGAUGAUGGUUAUCAGGAAAAAAAAUCCACAGUGAGGCAAGGCCUGUGCAGGCCAGUCUUAGGUGGGUAGAAUAUUUCCACUCCUGGGUGGCAUUCUAAAAAACAAAAACAAAAAACCAGAAGUGUUCCAGUUCUUAGAAACAAACUCUCAUUCUUUGGAAAGUGACGUGGGACAAAUUUACUAACAGAGUGAUCCAGUCUGGGCAGUGCACCCGCUGACCUCCUGCUGGUAGGACUGUCUGGAGAAGACGGGAAAAUUGGCUGUAGACCUUUAUACCUCUCCAUCCCUGGCUGUUGUUUUUCUGUCCAUAUGCCCUCUUUCAGUUCUCCACUUCCUCUCUCUCUCUGCCUCAACUAAGAACCAGUAAGACUUACUUGUGCUCUUAACAGUUUUCCACGUGGUUUUAAAGAUGCAUCUGUACCAGGUGUUUUCUCCAGGUUGCAGCCUCCAACCCACACAGCCCCACCCCGAUUCUAGUACCAACACAUCCUCAUUACAAAAAGCUUCAGAAAUACUACUGGUGUCUUCACACAUCAACCUGCAGUAUUCCAUCGCCCAGGGAGGUUCAAUGACCAGGAAUGGCAUGUUCCAGGCUGCCACGUCAGUGCAGUGGAGGCAGUGCAGGAUUUGCACACAAGCUGAAUACCAAUUCAUAAAUAAAUACACUACAUUUCAAGUGUUACACAACUGGUUAAAAAAGUAAGAAAACCGGGGAAACAGGCUCUAAAACAGACAUUAUUGUUCUGAUGUGACAAAAAUAUACAGUAUGAAAUGGCUACAAUGUUAUAUGUCAUGUUUGGUUUAAAUCUGCAGAAAUCAGCAUUUCUUUAGGCCAGGUGUCCAUAAGCUGUCAAACAGCAUUGGUGGCAGGUGACAUCAGGUGCAGGAUAUGCAGCCUCUUAAAUGUGAUUUAGAAUUGGCAGGUGUGAGGAGCUUCUGGACUGCCUGGUGUUGCUAAACUACAACUCCCAUCAUCCCUGGCCAAUGGCCAUGCUUGCUGGGGCUUAUGGGGUUUGUAGUUCAGCAGUAUCCGGAGAGCCAGAGGUUCCCCCACCUGGUUUAGGGCCAUAACAUGACAUACCGUAAUCCUACCCUGUGUGGCCCUGAGGCCCACCUGAGAGCUGUCCAAGGUCCACUGUUUCAGAAACACUGACAUGCCGUUGCUCUCCAGAAUUUUACAGCUGCUGUCUGAAAUCACAUUAAUCAUGCUCUGUAAAGGUAAAGGGACCCCUGACCAUUAGGUCCAGUCGUGGCCGACUCUGGGGUUGAGGAGCUCAUCUCGCUUUACUGGUCGAGGGAGCUGGCAUUCAGCUUCCGGGUCAUGUGGCCAGCAUGACUAAGCCGCUUCUGGUGAACCAGAGCAGCGCACGGAAAUGCCAUUUACCUUCCCGCUGGAGUGGUACCUAUUUAUCUACUUGCACUUUGACGUGCUUUCGAAUUGCUAGGUUGGCAGGAGCAGGGAGCGAGCAACGGGAGCUCACCCCGUCACAGGGAUUCGAACCGCCAACCUUCUGAUCGGCAAGUCCUAUACGCUGGUUUAACCCACAGUGCCAUUAAACACCAGCUGCAUACACACCAUACUUUUGAAGCACUCCCCCAGAGAAUCCUGGGAACUGUAGUUUGCAAAGAGCUGGGAAUUAAAGCUCUGUGAAAGGUAAACUACAGCUUCCAUGAUUCUCAGGGUCAGAAUGUGUGCCCGGUGUGGGCCCUAGGAGCACCACGUGUUGCCAUUCUACUUUGCUGUAUACUUUAGGUGGCGCACGUGCCGGAUAUCGCCCUCACUCGAGGUGGGAGCGGCAGGGGGGAAAAGGAGCCGGACGCGGGUGCCAGGAGGAGGCACCGCGGAGCAGACGCCAUGGAGACGUCUCUGCGUGUGCGCUCGCCGCUCUCCUCCUCCGCCCCCUCUUGCAUAAUCGCCCCGGGGGCGCUGGCGCUGGUCUCGGGGUGUUUGCGCCAACAGGAAAGGCGGCGGGUCGAUCCCUAGCAGCGCAGCACAGGAAGGAGAAAAAUGCCCAGCGCGACCCACCCACCUCGGGAACUAGUCGAGGAAGUUUGGCGGGGCGGGGCUUGGCGAUCCCACGUGGGGCUGAGAUGGACCAAGUUUGGGAGCUGUAAAUAACCCUAAAAUCGGAGGCGGGCGGAAAAACAAACGCAACUUUUCUGCCUGUUGGUUCGUUUGGGGCGAAUCCGCGCAAUGGCUCGUUUCUUUCUUUAAAAGAGGCGCUUUCUGACUCUGAGGGAAUCGCGGCAUGGAAGAGGACAGCAGCAAGCUGGGAAGCGCCGGGAGCCUCUGGCAGGACCCUUUGGCGAUCGCGCUCACCCCCAGCAAGCCAGUCUCUGCAGGGAGCCAGGGCGGCCGAGGGGGCGGCGGCAGCGGCGGCAGCGGCAGCAACGGGGGCGGCAGCAGCAGCGGCGGCGGCAGCGGUCGGGGCCGACCCCUGAGCGUGGUUUACAUCUUCCCCGAGGAUCUGGAAGAACCUCUGCCUCUCCAAUGCCUGCGGGAAGCCUGCAAGGAGGUCCCGGCGACGGAGCUGACGACGCUGCCUUUUGGCACCGUGGCGCUGGGGGACACCGCGCCCCUGGAUACUUUCUACAACGCAGGUGAGUCCCUGCAAACGCGCCUCUGCCUCAGCCGGCUGGCGGUUCCGUCAGUUCACCUGGGAAGGAAACCUGCCCAGGUCAACUCUGUGGGGGAGCCGAGGGCAUUGGCAACUCAGAACUUAACGCCGCGGUUUUCGUCCAGAUUGUCUCGGGUGGACCGAGACGCUGCAGAUGUGAUUAGACGUGAUCAGAUGUUGCCAGCUUCCACCUCAGCAAGGCUCCUCUGCAUGUCCCCACGAGGGUGGGAACGUCGUCCAUUUAGUGAAUUUCUACUCGCAUUUAUAAGCAGCUGUUAGUGUCCCGAAAGACAGCUGGCAAGCCUGGUGAAAUGGAAGCAGAAUUCUUCUGCAAGUUUGAGUCUAUUGAUUCAGGACUCAAUGGUGACCAAGGUCUCCCCCCCCCCCCGUAGGUGUUCGGUGUAUUGCACAUUGACUGGCAGCUGCUUUCUGGGGUUUGGGGCAGGAGUCUCUCUCAGCUCUACCUGGAGAUGCUGGGGAUUGAACCUGGGACUUUCUGAAUGCAAAGCAGAUGCUCUACCACUGACCUAUGGCCUAUCCCUAAAGGCUAUGAAGGCUGUGUUGUUGUUAUCAGUUACUGCUGUUUUAAAUGGUCAUCAUCUACACAUUUUAUGAUUCUCACAGAAACUUUGCACAGGCUGUACCAAUUGUGUUUUGUGAUGUUUGGGUCAUAUGGUUAAUUCCACUCCACCCCAAGCAUACCUAUCAUAGAAUCUUAGAGUUGGAAGGGUUCCAAGGGUCAUCUAGUCCAACCCCCUGCAAUGCAGGAACCUCAGCUAGAGCAUCCCAUGACAGAUGGCCAUCCAACCUCUGCUUAAAAACCUCCAAGGAAGGAGAAUCCACUGCCUCUCUAGGGAGUCCUUUCCACUGCUGAACAGCUCUUACUGUCAGAAAGUGUUUCCUAAUGUUUAGUCGGAAUCUCCUUUAUUGCAACUUGAAGCCAUUGGUUUGAAUCCUAUCCUCCAGAGCAGGAGAAAACAAGCAUGCUCCCUCCUCCAUGUGACAGCCCUUAAGAUAUCUGAAGAUGGCUAUCAUAUCUCCUCUCAGUCUUCUCUUUUCCAGGCUAAACAUAUCCAGCUCCUUCAAGCGCUCCUCAUAAGGCUUAGUUUCCAGACCCUUAAUCAUCUUGGUUGCCCUCCUUAUCAAUAUUCUACUUAAAUUGUGGUGCCCAGAAUUGGACACAGUAUUCCAAGUGUGGUCUGACUAAGGCAGAAUAGAGUAGUGCUAUUACUUGCCUUGAUCUGGACACUUUACUUCCAUUGAUUCAGCCUAGAAUAGCAUUAGCUUUUCUGCUGCUGCAUCACACUUUUGGCUCAUGUAGAUCUUGUGAAGGAUUCCAGGAUUCAGAGUAACUGUGACUGUGGUUCAGAACAGAAUAGUUGGCUGGAUCACCUAAUGCAGCAUGAUACAGCUGUUCCCCAUACUAAGCGUGGGGAGGGAGGGAAGGAUGGAGGGAGAGGCGCACACACACACACAGAGAGAGAGAGAGAGAGAGAGAGAGAGAGACUUCGACAGACAGGCAGACAGAGGAGGGAGCCUAUGCAUAUGAGUGGAAAUUGCACUGUAGACAGAACAGAAGCCAAGUAAUUUUCAUGGUAGUCACAAAGGGUGUGAGUAGAACACCUUUCUAGUGAACAGCUUGCCUAACGAGUUGAGCAGCUUGGGCAAGUAGCUAGUCAAGAAGCUGGAUGACACAUCCUAUGCUUGAAAAGGCCCCCAUUUACCAGGGACAAGCUAAAUUUUCUGGUACCUGCUUCUGAUCAACUGCUGUCCCUUGCCUUUCGGGGAUGCCUUUUAAAUAUUUGUUCAAGAGCACAAAUGGAUGACUGUUGCCUGUCUUUAGGUUUCAGCCCCAUCCUCAUGAUCUAUAGAAGUUAAAUCUCUGGGGGGACGAGGGACAUGGGCCAAUGCCUUUUGGGGUUCAGCGCCGAGGGCCUUCUGGCAGUUCCCUCAUUGCAAGAAGUGAAGUUACAGGGAACCAGGCAGAGGGCCUUCUCGGUUGUGGCGCCCGUCCUGUGGAAUGGCCUCCUGUCAGAUGUCAAGGAAAUAAACAACUAUCCGACUUUUGGAAGAUAUCUGAAGGCAGCCCUGUUGAGGGAAGUUUUAAUGAUUGAUGUUUUAAUGUAUUUUUAAUAUUUUGUUGGAAGCCGCCCAGAUGGGUGGGGUAUAAAUAAAUUAUUAUUGUUAUUGUUAUUGUUAUUGAGCAGUGUUCGAAAUUAAGCAGGCACCAGGUGCAUUGUGACCAAGUGAAGAUGCCUGGGCGCCAGGAUGGUGCCUGACAUCUCCACCCCAAGAUCAUUGGAUCUGGACUGCUUUCACAUACAGUGGUACAUCGGGUUGAGAACUUAAUUCGUUCUGGAGGUCUGUUCUUAACCUGAGGUACCACUUUAGCUAAUGGGGCCUCCUGCUGCCACUGCGCCACCGUCGUGCGAUUUCUGUUCUCAUCCUGAAGCAAAGUUCUUAACCUGAGGUACUAUUUCUGGGUUAGCGGAGUCUGUAACCUGAAGCGUCUGUAACCCGAGGUACCACUGUACUAGCAACACAUCCUGUAGAAUUCUAUUUGCACAAUCAGAAUGAAUUUCAGGAACCAAAAUUAUUUUUCAUUUCUUUGUUAUAUCUUAAAAACUUUAUUCUUUUUUCUGUAUUUUGUAUUUUCUUGUAUUUUUAUUUUUUGUUUUUGUGUAAUUCUUGUAUUCUUUGAAACUUUAAUAAAUAUCAUUUUUUUAAAAAAAUAUUUUUCUGCGCAACCUGAGCAGGAUCGGUGAACGUUAUAGUUGAUUGUUGUAGCUUGUCUUCACUUACCCCAUCCCACUCCCCUGCUCACAGUUGUGAAGAAUAUUCUUAACUUAUGAACGGUCUGUGUCACCAUUAAGAAAAAGAGGUAGGAAUAGGCCUAUAUAUAUAUGGAUUAAAUGACUUUUCUUCUUUAAGUUCUCAAAGUUCUUAACCUAGAUCAAGGUUGUCAUCUGAACUAGCCAGAUAUUUAUCUGAUAGUCUAUCAUUUGAAAAAUAAGACUUGAGAGCCACCUUGCCUCAAAAUGGCAACUGAACACUCUGUUUUGCUGACUGUAACCCUGGUUUAAGAAACCAUUUGGCGCCUAGCUUAUAUAUCUGAGUUUCUAACACUGGAAUUCAUAACUAUAUUGUUUCUUGAGAAAAACUGUGCUUUGAUGCAUUUUCACCCAACUCGGCUUCAACCCAAACAGAGAAAAGGGACAACCUGGCUGUGUUUUAAGCUGAUGAUAUGUGUUGUUGUUGUUUAGUCGUUUAGUCGUGUCUGACUCUUCGUGACCCCAUGGACCAGAGCACGCCAGGCACUUCUGUCUUCCACUGUCUCCCGCAGUUUGGUCAGACUCAUGUUUGUAGCUUCGAGAACACUGUCCAACCAUCUCAUCCUCUGUCGUCCCCUUCUUCUUGUAUAUGUAUGUAUAUGUAUAUGAUAUGUAUACAGCCCCAUAUCAGCAGCCCUUGCCAACUACCUGUCUCAGAAAAGAUUGAACCCAAGAAACAAGAUGGGAGGUGUGAGAACAAACUGAAGGAUGGGGGCAAGCUGGUGCUCCCUGUAGUAGUAUCUGUGUCUACUUUCUCCCUCCCUGCAGAUGUGGUUGUGGUGGAGAUGAGCAACAGCCUGUGCCAGCCCUCGCUCUUCUAUCACCUGGGGGUGAGGGAGAGCUUCAGCAUGACCAACAACAUCCUCCUGUGCUGCUACACUGAUUUUCCAGAGCUGCAGGCUCUCCGGGUGAGUUGGGGAUGCAAUUCAAUUCUACAGGUGGAGUCUGUUCAUGGAGAUUGCUUUGAGACGCUGGACUGCCUGGAAAAAAGGCCACUUGAUCAGAUCAGAGGAACAUCUGUAGGGCAGGAGUGGGCUGCCUUUAGACUUGCUAAACAGAUGGGAUUUUAGGAAAUCCUUCAUGCAGGGGAAUAGUUAGGCAGUUUUAGAAUCUGGACUUUCUGGGGCAUCUGUCUUUUGGUAGAAAUAUGUGCAGUGUCCGUCCCGCCCGCUUUCUUCAAAAUAAUGGUCAGCCAGCCCUGCUGCAUUUGUAGUGCCCUCCUGCUCAUUCUGUGGGUGGUGGUGGGGAAUCCUGGACCUUUGCCCCAAAGUCCUGCUCUGAUAGCAUCACCGACUUGAUGAUCAAGACACUUAGAAUCUGCUCUGAAAGACUGAAGUAAGGAUAGGAGGAGUUUCUUAAAUGUUAAACAUGCAGCGAUUGUUCUGCUGAAAAGUUCCCCCAAGUAUGUUUUUGUGCAUAAUGGAGAACACGGGUGUGAGUGCAUGUAUGUGUGGCAGAUGACAGAUUUUGUCAAUGGAAAGAAAACAAAGUUGACGAGUGUCCUGUAGGAUACGGCCCUUAGAGGGAGAUUUACCCCCGGGGCAACGUUUGAUUGAUUGAUUGAUUGAUUGAUUGGUUGAUUGAUUGAUUCAAGUGCCUUCUGUCCUGCCCAUCCUCCAGUCUGCAGGACAGGGGGGCUAAGAACUUAUAGAUGAACUUUAUCAUAGAAGAUAAAGUCAUAACAGCAACCAUUCAGCAGCAAAUAAUAUUAGUAAAACCGCACCUAAAAAUAGUUUAUUCCCUUCUACGAAUGCUUGAUGGGUAUAAAAUAUCUGCAGCCAUCUUGCAAAAAGAAGCCUUCCUCCAUCUCCCACUGCUGCCCAGAUACAGAUUGUGUCAAGCAAACAGGCAAGACCUUAAACAUGUAAGGCUUAAAUCAGUCCUACAGCAAUCUAGCUAUAGGUCAGUGGAGAGUGGGGAGAGACAGAUUCUCUGGGAAGCUGCUUUAUGCUGAGUCAGACUAUUGGUGCAUCUAGCUCAGUAUUGUCUCCAAAGGGGUAUUUCUAAGCCCAGCCUGGAAAUUUCAGGGGUUGAACUUAGGACCCUCUGCAUGCAAAGUGUGUGCUCUCCGAAGAAGCUGGUGCUUUCACCUUCAAAAUUGUGAAAGUUUUUCUCUUAACAGCUACUUGCUGCAUUGGGAUGCAGUUCUGUGCAUGCCAGAAGUCCUCUUCUGACCUUAAUGCUUCUGUAUUACCUAACAUGGAAGUGGGGAGACCCUGUGCAGCCCAGUCCCCUAUGGUCCACCUGAACAGCAUGACCACCUGUCCCCACAAAGCCUUUCUGUAUGCAGGUAUAUGCACAAAGGUUCCCAUGCGACCCAGGACCCCAAUCACCCAGAUUUCCAGCUCACAUGGAAUCCUUCCUUUGUACAGCUGUGCAUGUACAAAAGGCCCAGAUGGUCAAGAUGUUCACACAGACUCCACGGGGCAGUGCUACCUGGUACGUUCCUGGUCCCAUAUUGAGUAACACAGAAGCAUUGAUGACUGAAGAGGGCAAGAGCAGGGAUGAGGAACACUUUUCAACCUGAGGGCCACUUUCCUUUAUGGACAACUUUUGCAGGGCCAUAUGCAACUAAUGUAAAUUUUAGUAGGCUAGUUUCUACACACAAACACACCAACCUUUUUCCUCCAUUCAGGUAAGCAAGAAUGAGAGUUUAAAGACACAUUACAGCCAGGCAAAUGCGCUCAAGGAGGUUGCAGAGCAGAACCUAUAAGGGGUGUGGUCUGGGGAGAGUCCCAGUAGCCAGACAGAGAAGCUUGGAGGGUUGCGUUCAGCAUUCAGGCCUGACAUUUCCUGCCCCACGUUCAACCCAUUUAGAGCAAAAGUCCCUCUUCAGGUUUGGCGCCAUGCUGCACUGCAUAAGGUAGUAGUACAUUGUAGAAAAGCUGCAUCAUCUCACACAGAUGAUGUAAAGAAGUGGUGGUGUUUGGAUUUGAUAUCCCGCUUUAUCACUACUCAAAGGAGUCUCAAAGCGGCUAACAAUCUCCUUUCCCUUUAUCCCCCACAACAAACACUCGGUGAGGUGAGUGGGGCUGAGAGACUUCAAAGAAGUGUGACUGGCCCAAGGUCACCCAGCAGCUGCAUGUGGAGGAGCGGAGACAGGAAGCUGGUUCACCAGAUUACGAGUCUACCGCUCUUAACCGCUACACGACACUGGCUCUCAGUGAAACAUAUUAAUGCAUGAUGACGCUUGCAAGAAUUGCUUUGGAUCCCCUUUGCGGGGGUUGCCUGUGCAUAGGAGCAGCGAGCUCUAAUGAGUUUGUGGUUACUCUGCAUGAUCUUGUACUAACAGCUAUCUAAUGUGAUAAGGAAACAUCGCACGGCUGCAGCAUAGCAAGGGAGCAGCUUCAGUAGAGAGCUCAUUAUCUCACUGUUACCUACAUGUGACCAAACCCUUGUGCUCUCCAUUAGCGUAUCAGAAGUAAAGACCAUUCCAGCUUCAUUCUGUGUAGUCGUACAACCCAUCCAGAUCAGGAUUGAUGUCUUGUCUUCUAAGCACAUAUGGAAGCUAUCAGGGGAAGAAGUGAUGCACCCCGAUGCAAGUAUGAUAAAUGGCUUAAUAGUGUGAUCCUAUGCAUGCCUAGGACUUGCCGAUCAGAAGGUUGGCGGUUCGAAUCCCCGUGACGGGGUGAGCUCCCGUUGCUCGGUCCCUGCUCCUGCCAACCUAGCAGUUCGAAAGCACGUCAAAGUGCAAGUAGAUAAAUAGGUACCACUCCGGUGGGAAGGUAAACGGCAUUUCUGUGCGCUGCUCUGGUUCACCAGAAGCGGCUUAGUCAUGCUGGCCACAUGACCCGGAAGCUGUACGCUAGCUCCCUCGGCCAAUAAAGCGAGAUGAGUGCUGCAAUCCCAGAGUCGUCCACGACUGGACUUAACGGUCAGGGGUCCCUUUACCUUUAUGCAUGCCUACUCAGAAGUAAGCCCUGGUAAAUUUAACGGGUAUUGUAUACAAGUAAGUGUAAUUUCAGCCAUGCAAGAGUGGGAUCCUAGAUAUGGAGAAAGAUAACCUACCAUCUAAGUUCCUAACAUUAACAAAGCUGGAGAUUAAUUUUUGGUGGGAUAUUAGAUAAAGGGUCAAUAGAUGCCAAAUUGGACAGUAUUGCCUAGUGAUGGAAGGACAUGUUACCUCCAUAAUAAGCAGAGUCUUUUUAGGUUUCAGAACAAGGGUAGGAAACCUCGUACCUGGAAACUAAAUGUGGCCCUCCAGUCAUCUCUAUCUGGCCCUUGCUAUGCUCCUUAGACCAUGCCCUCCCUCACCACACCCCUCAGAAGUCUUGCCCCAUGCCCUCCUCAACUGCAUUUGUUUGGCUGGAAUGGGUCCUUGAAUCAUGAUAAUGCCUCUUGCUUGCCUAGAUAUUGUGUGUGUGUGUGUGUGUGUGUGUGUGUGUGUGUGUGUGUAUAGAAGCCUUCGACUUUUGCAUGGCUUGAAUGUAGCCUGUUGUGCAAAGGGAUAUGCAUUGUUCCAUCAGUUUUUUUUUAUAAACACCCCAAUGGGCUUUGAGCACCCGGGCAGCGGACUUAGCAGAUCACCUGCUCACAAUCUUCCCCACUAUCAUGAAACGGAUUGCAUUUGUGCUUAAGUUAUAGUGACGGUUUCAAAAUUUUCAUUCAUACAGAUCAGUUAGCGCAAGUCAUUUUUACGGAGGUCUGUAUCCGCGUCUGUGGUGAUGCAUUUCUGCUCCUCCUUGGUGAUGUGUAAAUAGCUACUCUAGGAGCGUGACUCUGUGGCAUGCGUUGAGGCCCAGGAGCCUUCCAGAGAAAGUGAUGCAUUAAGUCACUGGAAGGAGACCUUCUUGCCUCACUUCCUGCAGGCAUGGGUUUUCAAGAUAGGCAACCAAGUUCAAGGGAGGCUUCUGGCCUGCUCUGGCAUCAUACAGAAACACACCGGAAACCAGAAACACACCAGAAACAAGCCUGCAGGAAGUUCUUGUGCUUCUUCAGAAAGUCUAUGGAUUUUAAACCCUUGGUGGUGGUGCCUUGCUGAACCUCUGCAGUUCCUGAAAGUUUUAAUAGCUUACAUGUAUUCUGUACAUUGUCCCUAACAGCUGCUUUUAAUUUUUUUAAUGUAUUUAUUACUACAUUUAUAUGGUGCCUUUUAUAUGCCACUAUAGUUUACCCCUCUGAGAGUUAUACGCUCGUACCUUGGAAGUCAAAUGGAAUCUGUCCUGGAAGUCCGUUCGACUUCCAAAACAUUCGGAAACCAAAGCGCGGCUUCUGAUUGGCUGCAGGAAGCUCCUGCAGCCAGUCGGAAGCCGUGGAAGCCCUGUCAGAUGUUCAGCUUCCAAAAAUAGUUCACUAACUGGAACAGUCACUUCUGGGUUUGCGGCGUUUGGGAGCCAAAACAUUCAAGAACUAAGCUGUUUGAAAACCAAAGUACAACUGUAAUUCCCAGCAAACUUUAUCAGAAUACACUGGGGAUAUUUGUGUGUGCUUCAGAUGUGUUUUAAAGUAUGGUGUGUACACAGUCUUAAUCAGCCUUCGAGUAAAUCCAGUUUGGCUCUUUGGUACAGUGGCUAAUGAUAACCUCCCCUUGCCUUUCUCCUUUCUAGGAGGAGAUCUUCCAGAAGAAUUCAGUAAGUCCCACUUGGUUUUCUGACCAUGCACCAUUUGAAACUCAUUAUCUGUUUCUGGGAAUUGAGCACAGUGAGCCUCAGAGAACACAGUGGGGGCUUCGCCGUAAACGUGUAUAAGGUUGCACUGCACAUGAUUUAUUAUCUAUCCAACUCGGCUGUUUCAGCUUUUGGAACAUGCAUGGCAAAAUCCUUAUGGUUGAAUUUUAAAAAUAUAUGUUGGAGACUGGGUAGUUUGAAAGUGAAAUAGCAACUGCCGUAUUUUUUGCCCUAUAGGACGCACCGGCCCAUAGGACGCACCUAGUUUUUUGGGGGGGGAAAUCAAGGAAUUUUUUUUUAUUUCCCCCCCAGGUUUGCGCAGCCAUCCCCAAGCUAGAAGAGGGAGACGGAGUGCUCCGUCUCCCUCUUCUGCCUUCAGGGACAGCCUCUCUAGCCUCCGUGGGGCAGCGGCUUGCCCCGCUGUCCCCCGAGUUUGUGGGGCUGGCGGGGGGGAGAAGCAAGCUUGCUUCUCCCCCGGCAGCCUCCAGAUCAGGUCGGGGAAUAGUGGGGUGCCGGCGCUCCGCCCCCCGCUAUCCCCGAGCUGUGGGGCUGGCGGGGGGGAGAAGUAAGCUUGCUUCUCCCCCCCCCCGCCAGCCUCCAGAUCAGGUCGGGGAAUAGCGGGGUGGCGGCGCUCCGCCUCCCUGCUAUCCCCUGAGCUUGUGGGCUGCAGGCCGCUGCCCGCAAGCCUUGCGAGCCCGCGGGACAUCCCACCGGGCUUGCAAGACUUGCGGAUAGCUUCCUGAAGCCUGGAGAGCGAGAGGGGUCGGUGCGCACCAACCCCACUCGCUCUCCAGGCUUCAGCGAAAACCUGCAUUCACCCCAUAGGACGCACACACAUUUCCCCUUCAUUUUUGGAGGGGAAAAAGUGCGUCCUAUAGGGCGAAAAAUACGGUAUGCUUUCUAAAAAGAACCACCAUCACCCCACCAGUAAGGGGGAACUGAACUAAGAAGAGAAAGGGAUUUGCUCUUUGAAAGAAUACCAUUACAUUUGAAUGCUGCCUCCUUUCAGUCCAUAAAGCAGAGCUGGGAAACCUUUGGCCCUCCAGGUGUUGGACUACAACUCCCAUCAUGACGGACCACUGGCUAUGUCAGUUGGGGCUGAUGGGAGUUGGAGUCCAGCGACAUCUGGAGAGCCAAAGAUUCCCCAGCCCUGCCAUAAAGGUUCACCCAAAAAACCUGUCCACAUAGAUUCAAGUUUUGGGCACAAUUUUUGGAAAUCAAAAUUCUUCUUUUCUUUGCUGCUUAGAGAAAUUGCCCCCACCCUAAUACUGCUCAAAACUCAUGUGGUGGACAGUUUUGCGCCCCACAAAAUGGGUACAUACUACCUCUUGUAGGUCUGCUUAUUUGUUUAUUUAUUACAUAGAUGGGGAACCUGUGGCUUUCCAGUUGUGGUUGGACUCCAUCUCCCAUCAUUCAUUGCCCAUACUGGCUGGUGCAAAUGGGAGUUGGAGUCAAUAUCUGGAGAGGCACAGGUUUCCCAUUCCAUAUUUAUUGCAUUGCAUUGCAUUACUGAACUGUAACUCCCAUCAGCUUCAGCAAGCAUGGCCAAUGGCCAGGGAUGAUGGGAGUUGUAGUUCAGCAACAUCUGGAAGGCCAGACGUUCCCCACACCUGCCUUGUAUCCUGUUUUUCUUCCAUAAUGGGCCUCAGGGUGGCAUCCAUAAGGUUCCCAGGUGAUCUUCCACCCAGGCACUGACCAGACCUGCUUAGCUUUGUGAGGUUUCUGCAUCAUGUGCCUUCAGACCACAUAGCUUUGAUCCUUAUCUUGCUAAUCUGAGCAGAUUUUCCAAAAUAGAAACAGUUCCUAGAGUAGAGGUGGCAACACUUAUUUUACUGCCACCUCAGCUAAUAGUUUAAUUUUGACCCAGAACUCAGCUCCAGAACCAGUGAAAGUAAAGUGGAAGCCCUAUAAGUCUUCCUUUCCCCAAAAGGCAUGUGAAAGAUUUAAAACAAAUAAGGAAACGAAAGAAUAACGUAAUCUUCAACUUCCAGGAGGAUGCCAGUGCGGGUUUUGGGGGUUUUUUGUUUUGUUUUUUACAUUUUCAUAGUGCCAUGUGUGUUCUAGAACUAGGUGUGUGGAGGGAUCAUAGCAUUAAUUCUCUUUUAGGAUGGCAACGGCAGCUAUACCUUAAUCCCCUACGUGGUGGCAGCCCAGAACAAGGUCUUCUGCUGUGACCCGAAUGCGAUGAUGUGCCUGAGCGAGCUUUGCCAGCCUAACAACUUCACCAUGGAGGCCUUCUUCACCCCCCUGACGGCGCAGCUUGCAAGGCUGCUGGAGGGCACCUCCACCAACACCUGGUAACACCCCCCCCAGUCAUCUUUCAGUACAUGAACUCAACUAGCGCAGCAACGGGAGUUAGUUGUGCCCUCCCAGGACCACACUCCUCACUGGACAUCCUCCAUACUCUCCACAGCUGCUUUUGCCCGGCUGAAGAAGUCCUUGCACUGUGAUCUUGCCUAGGUAGUAGAGGAUGGAGGUGUGUGUGAGAGAGUGCAAGUUUCUGCAACGUGGUUUUCCAGGUGUAAAAAGAGAGCUUUUAAGCACCCUGCCUUGCUUGCCAGCCAAGGUCCUCUUGGUGUGGCGGCUCUGGAAGCCUGCAGAUGGUCGCCUGGGAACUCAAGCGGCCCCGCAAAAUCUUGAGAGAGUAUCCCAGCUUAUUCGUAUUUCUGUCCAAAUGUAUUUUGGGGAGGUUGUUUUAGCAGCUGGGUCGUCUGGCGUGAUAACUUCCAGAUUAACAGUAAAAUUCUACAGCCCGCUCCACACAUUGUCACAGGUUUUUGCCGUAGCAAAAAGGGCACAGCACUCGGGCCUGGCUUAUGCAUUAUCUUGGUGAGGUGCUUGCCGGACUCUCCCAUUGCCUUACAUGGGAAGCUGCCUCAUACCAAGUCAGACAAUUGGUUCCUCUAGCCGAGUAUUGUUAGCAGUGACUGGCAGUGGCUCUCCAGGGGGCAUUUCUCAGCCGUACUUAGGGAUGCUGGGGGUGGAACUUGGGACUUUCCGCAAGCAAAAUACUGGGCUAUGAUUUCUUGCUGGGCUCUGUGUGUCUUCAUAGUUUUCCUAGUAACAUGUAAACUGUUAUUUCUUUUUUACUGCAAAACUGAGAUGUUCGAGAUUCCGUAAAAAGAUACCAGGGCCGUCUUGAUCCUCUGCAUUCUGUUAUCGGUGCCCUAAUCAUAGCUGGGGCAGAUUCUUAGAAUUGCUGAGGACGGCUUGUAACUCACAGCAGUUCUCAAGAAUCCCGGGAGGUGCAGCAGAAUCUAGUGCAGCAUUUCACUGAGUUCAAGUUAGAGUAUCGGGCAAGAUGGCCUUCCAGCAAGUUAAGGGGAAGGAUUCUGACACACUACCUUUGGGGAAGCAAGGGCAGCCCCAAGAAAGAGGGAAAGCUUAUUGCUUAAUAAGAGCGGGUACUUGAACCUGUUGAACUCUGGCCACACCCUCUCCUUAUAUUUAAGGCUGUCUCAUUCCACUUUACAGUGGUACCUCGGGAUGCGAACGGGAUCCGUUCUGGAGCCCCGUUCGCAUCCUGAACAUAAAGUAAGAUGCGACAGCGUGUGUGCGGGUCGCGUUUCACCACUUCCACGCAUGUGCAUGACAUCAUUUUGACCGUCUGCGCAUGCGCGAGCAGUGAAACCCGGAAGUAACGUGCUCCGUUACUUCCGGGUCGCUGCAGAGCGCAACCUGAAGGCGCUCAACCUGAAGCGUAUUUAUCCCGAGGUAUGACUGUAUAUGUUUUUCUCCCUUUUCAUAAAAAAGUAAUGCCACUUCAAAUAGUCAUAGAUUCCCUCAAAUAAUCCUGGGAACUCUAGUUCCUACAGUUCCCAGGGUAGUUUAACAAUCCAUUCGGUGAAACUGCAUGGCUGGGGUGAGAACUAGCUCCUCUAGAGACAGACCUGGUUUUAUGAAUGAUCUAGGUGAGGUGGUAACCAUUACCCUGCAGGGGAUAUAAUUACAGAAAUGCCGCACAUCUUGAUGGCCGAGGUGUAGCAUGCUGAGCUGGCGAAUGGAGAAAUACCGGACAAAAAAGGUUCUUGUUCAAGGGUAGCUGUGAGUUGGUCUGUUGAGCUUCUGAAGGAAAACAGGAAGUUGCACCAGAGGAGCAGCUGAGGACAGGGCAGCCGCACAGUGUCAUGCAAGACUUAAGUGAGAGGGGGUGGGGGGUGGCCAGGCCAAUAGCUGAUGCAGGAAGAUGCUGUUCCUUUGUGGUAUUCCAUGCACUUACGAACCUCCAAGCCCUGGAUGGUUUUCUUAACGUAAGAAAAAGUGCUUGCUGGAUCAUCUAGUCUAGCACCCUGAAACAAAGCAAAAACACAUGGCAGUUUCCUGUGUUCCAGAAUGAAUGGCGCAGGAGAACAGCAUUUCUCAUCCCCAGAACUUAAAUACACUGCGUACACUCCCUCCCAGUAAGCUGUUAGACUUUGGGGGUGAGGGGAAAGCCUUUCCCCCAAGCCUAAUUUCAAGAGGGGGAAAUGAUCAUCAUAGAGAUUGCAGUUAAUCCUUCCCUGCCCAGCAGCUACAAUUCCCACAAAGAGCCACACAGCAAUUAAACUUGAAAACAACCUUCCAUUGGCAUUCAGAGGAGGCUGUUUUCAAGCUCCUGAAUGUCAUGCAGCAGGUUUGGGGUGGGGGGAAAGAUCAUGGGGGAAUGGGGAGCAGAGGAUUAAUCCUCCCAUCCCCAGCUGCAACCUGCCAGAUCAAGAAAUUUCCUCUGUGGGAGCAAUUAAAUCUUGAAAAAUCUGAGUGAUUUUGAGAGUGUGUCUCAUAGUGCAUGGAAAGGGAAGUGUUAACUUCUCUGUUCCUCAGCUGCAGUUCCACAUUGCUCUCUGGCUUGGAAAAAAAAAAGCCUCUAAUUGGCUCAAAUGCUAAUUGCUGCAGGUGGGAAAGAAAGGGAUUCUCUGAGUUGGAUGAAGAGGCUCCUGGGGCCAUAGCUGGCCUGCAGGUUGCUGGACUUAAAGAAGCAGGAAGUGCCAUCUCAUUUGGGGAGCCUUUCAUCUUAGGAAAGUAACCUAGAAUAGCAGUGUGUUUUCCCAUUCUGCUGAAAACCAGAAUAAAUGGAUCCUUCCUACUGUUUCUAGAACUUUGCAGGAAGCUGUGGUGGGCCUCUGUGAUUGCAUCACAACUGAGCACACUGUUACCAGUGGCAGUCUGUUUUAAAUGGUUUUUAAUAUUGUGUUCUAAAUCUGUAAGCUGCCCUGGGACCUUAGGCUGAAGGGUGGGUAAUUUAAAAAUAAAAUAAAAUUAUUACUAACACCAGGCAGCCCUGCAUCCUAUAGAUAGGCAUCCCUUUGCAGACAUCCAAGACCCAUGGGCAAAAGUUGGCAGGCUGACUCACAGUGCAGUGUCAGUAGCAGGGCAAGGAGGCAUGAUCCCACUGUGAUACUGUUUUCGUUUAAUGAUACUGUUUUCAUUGAUUUUACCCAUUUUCUCUCUCAAAAAAAGGGAUACCGCUUAGAAAUUCUAGCAAUUCUAGCAAUUAGGCAGCAUAUAAAUUAGCUCAAAUAAAAUUUAAAAAUGCCCUCCACACAUUAGCCCUAUGUGUGGAAGAAAGUCUUGAGUGUCAAAGCUCUUCUGUCUGAGCAAUGGGAACAGACAUGGAAGUCAAGUGGGACUGCUCAGGGUUCUAGCCAGUCAUGCUCUUUCCCAGGAUACUCCAUUUCAUUUCCACCUCCCCCAAUAGAAGUGCAGCGUUCAGUGGCUGUUGAGCAUAGUCAGUCCACACUGGGCUGUUUUGGGUCCUCCUCCCACCUCCACCGUUUAGGCCAUUCCCCCCGCUAAAGGUUUUCCAUACUUGGGGAUCCCUCAAGCCUGCUGAUGCCUCCCUCUUGUGCAUAGAUGGUCCUGUUUUGGCUGCAUGGGACACUGUGAGAAUGAGUAUUUCUUGUUAAUAUAUAGUGGGGAUGGGGAGCCCUUUCCAGCCCCAGAACUGCAUUCCCUUCAAGGCAACAUUCUGGAUGCCACAUACCAGUGGUGGGUGGGGCCAGAGGCAAAAGUGGGUGGAGCAAUGUAUGUAAAUAUUACCUUUAUACAGAAGGCAGUUUCUACAUGCACACAAACACCAGCCUCUGUUCUCCACCCAGAUAAGCAGGAGGUGUGAUUAGAGAGAGCAAGGACGGCUUUUCAGCUAGGCAAAAACAUGUGCGCUGUGGAGAAGGGCCACUGAGGAGCAUGACCUGGGGAGAGUUUUGAGGGCCAGAGGGAGAGGCCUCGAGGGCUGCAUUUGGCCCCCAGAUCCCCCACUUCUGAUAUAUAUAGCACUGGCCCUGGGUAAACAUGCCUUCCCCUCUUGGGGUAAGCCAAGGGGCACUAUCCUUUCCUCAGAGUAAAGGAAAGCUUCUUGAUUUCUCCAGUGGCUACUUUCGGGAGAUGAUCCGAAGGGACAUCCGCAGGGCUCGCGAAAGGUACAGCGGGGAGCAGCUGAGCCGUGAGCUGACCAGUAUCCAGCAGCGACUGGACAGCGUCGAAUGCCUCAGCCUUGAUAUUGUCAUGAACUUUAUUCUGUCCUACCGUGACGCACAGGUGAGCUGAUUCACAGGGCCCCUUGACUCUCAUGCCGUGGCCAGUUAAUGCGCACGAAUGCAGCCCAAAUGCCGUCAGUGGCAUCAAGCAGAAUGUUUUGAUGUCUGUUUCCCAGGGCAGACGUGACCCCCUGCCAACCCAGUACAGUGGUACCUUGGGUUACAUACACUUCAGGUUACAUACGCUUCAGGUUACAGACUCCACUAACCCAGAAAUAGUACCUCAGGUUAAGAACUUUGCUUCAGGAUGAGAACAGAAAUCGUGCGAUGGCAGCGGGAGGCCCCAUUAGCUAAAGUGGUGCCUCAUUUAAGAACAGUUUCAGGUUAAGAACAGACCUCCAGAACGAAUUAAGUUCUUAACCGAGGUACCACUGUACUUCCAUUGCAGCAGUCAACUCCAGCAAUGCGCAUCAGUGCCAUUGCAGGCAUUCAACACCCAUGGAUAGAUGCCCUACCACUGAGCACCUGACCAUCACCUCCCGCCCCUUACACAUCCUGGUCUGUGGUGUUUCAUGGCAGGUUCCUAGAGUAGGAGCCAUGUGUAUUUGGGGCUGAACUGCGUUUGGGUUUAGUUGAAGGCUGUGUGUGCACGCCUGCAUAUUGCGGCUUCACUUUAUGUCUUCUGCAGGAUUGUAAUGGCAUCAUCACCCUAGUGGAGACCUUACAGGCCCUGCCGACUUGCAAUGUCGCUGAGCAGCACAACAUCUGCUUUCACUAUGCCUUUGCCCUUGACAGGUGAGGAACAUUGUCAGGUAAGGAUGGGCCUCUAUUCUCAGCCCUGUUAGGCCUCCCUACCCUCUGCUUCCCUGAUGCCCAGGGACAUUAGUACACUUAAGAGGUGUCUUCUGGCAACGGGAGCUUUGAUGAGGAGAUGCUUCCACUCCCUGGUCUAUCCCAUGGGUGUCUGCAGACACCAGCGCUUUCCCUGAGCCCCGAGGACACACCUCUGCCAAUGGACUCUCAUGGCUGGUUUGCAGACUCCUCACCGAAUCCAGAGGGCAUGGAGGAGGGAUCCCCACAGCUGGAACGCCCAUUAUCUUGAUGGGACCAAUGGAUGUAGCAGAAGGCAGUGGCCUUUAAGUACCCAGAAGGCAGCACCCAGUGGGCAGGGUCUCUAGUAAAUGACUAUGCUGAGACAACCUGGAUGUUUGGCCUCUGCGGCAUGGUGCUAAACCCACACCUUGGACUCUCCAAAGUCUCUGUGCCUUCGUAACCAGGAAAUUCUGAUCUCUCCUUGCUUGGGCCAUCAGCCCUCCUCGGUGAUGGGCAUCCCUGUGGAUCCCGACACUAAGGUCCUAACACAGUAGCAGAUGGGCAAAGCUGGUGUUCUGCAUUGGCUACGUGUGUGACUGUGUGUGAUAUGCAUUUGUAGGCGGAACCAGCCUGGCGAUCGGGAGAAGGCUCUCUCUGUUAUCCUGCCCCUGGUGGAAAAGCCUGAAAGGGCAGCACCUGACCUGUACUGCAUGUGCGGCCGCAUCUAUAAGGACAUGUUCAUUGAUUCUGGCUUCACUGAUGCCGAAAAGAGAGACCAGGCUUUUUACUGGUGAGGAAUGGAAAGGGAUCUUUGCUGAACUUGCGCUACUGCUUUAAAUUAUGGCUGCAGGCGUGGAAAUCUCUUUGAAGUGCUCAUUGCUUGUGGGAUGGCUUGGUGGUGGUAGGGUGGCCAGGUGAAACUCCUACUUCUAGAAAUGAUUGAAGUUGCAAGCAACCUGUCCUCUCUUUUUUUCACCCAUUUGGCUUAUUUGCUGGGUCUGAAUUGCAGCCUUCCUAGUUAGUUUUCAGGUCUGAUAUUUCCUUGUGCUUCUGAUUCCUCAGGUAUCACAAGGCCUUUUUAACAGACCCGAGCCUCCAUGCUGGGAUUAACUCUGUUGUGUUCCUCAUCGCUGCUGGACACAAGUUCGAAACCUCCAUGCAACUUCGGCAGUUAGGUGCGGGGCUGCUUGUUCCCAUCUGCGUCUCGUAAGGGUAGCCGCAUGUGUGAAUCAUCGUUCUGAUCUAAAACCAAGAUAUUGACAGUGUUCUUUAUUAUUUAUUCUCUCUCUCUCUCUCUAUAUAUAUAUAUAAACACAAAAUCUGGUUGAUUUCAUUUCCAAGUGAUAGUGUUAAGGGCCCAAUUCAAUGAACGUUUUGUGAUAGGGAAAUAUUGACUAGGUGGUGGGCGGGAUCUUAUGAAAAGAGCAAUUAUUGCCCCAUCUGCACCAUAUAUUUAAUGCAGUUAUCAUAGUACUUUAAAGAGUGGUGGCUUCUCCCAAAAAAAUCCUGGGAGCUUUCGUUUGUUAAGGGUGCUGAGAGGCCUUAGGAGUGCCCUGUUUCCCUCACAGAGCUACCAUUCCCAGAGUGGUUAAACAACCAAUCCCUGCUCCCAGGGAACUCUGGGAAUUGUCGCUGCAUGUGGGGAGUAGUGGUUUCCUAGCACCUCUCAGCACCCUUAAACCGCAGUUCCCAGAAUGCUUUGUGGGAAGCUGUGACUGUUCAAAAUGGUAAGAUGCCUUCAGGGCCUCUUUCCCUCUGCUGCUUCUCCCUGCUGAAAUGAGGCUUGAAAUAUGUGUUAUGUUGUAGCCAAUAGAAUGGUAACCCCCAGUUUAGCCAGAACGUCGUGACCAUUUUGAAAAUUUCCCUCAGAAAUCCCUGCCACUGACCCUGCCCCCCUCCCCCGAAACAUACCUGUUGCAGUUUAGAAAAACCUCCCUUGCUUCUGGUCCUUCCUUCCUUAGGUAUGAAGGUGAGCUGUGUCCUGGGCAGGAAGGGAUGCUUGGAAAAGAUGCAACAUUACUGGGAUGUGGGUUUUUACCUGGGCGCCAGUAUCCUGACCGGCGACUUUGACAAAAUCAUCCAGGCCUCGGAGAAACUUUACAAGCUCAACGCUCCAGUUUGGUGUGUGGUGGGAACUUUGUGUCCUCAUGGGAACGGGGUAGGGGUGGGGGGCAAGGAAGACUAACUAGCUGACAACCUAUUGAGAUGAACUGGAGUUGUGAGUGUCGAAGGGGGUGCUGGGAGAGGGCAGGUUUCUGAGAGGAAGUGAUUUCCUCCUUGUUCAGUGUGGUGGGACAACAGAUUUUGAACCUCUGCUCAGCCAUGGAGCUCACUGGCUUACCUUGGACCAGUCAGGGUUGUUGUGGCGAUUAAAUGAGGAGGGGAAGAACCAUGUACAUUCCCUUGAGCUCCUUGACUGAAAAGAGAGUCUAUAAAUGUAGGAAAUAAUAAUAAUAUGUGACACAGACCACUGGCAUCGGAUGGAAACUUUAACUUACUUCACCCUUUGCAGACUGUGUGGGUCUGUUUGAAGUGUGUGCUUCUUUCUCUUUUUUAACUCUGUUCUCUUCUGCCCCCUGCCCAAUUAUUGGUUCAGGUUCUUGACAUCUAUCAAGGAGACUUACGUAAUCUAUAGUCAUUUCAACACUGCCCCCGACACCUGGUCACCUAAACAGGAGCUGGUUGAUUUCUGGCUGGGCUUCUUGAUGGAUUCCUGCCAGCCCUUUGUCUCCACAGAGGAGUGUCUGGUAAGGAGGCAAUGAACGUUGGUGCGUUGGCAAAAUCUCUACUGAACUACCAGCUUUUCCUCCUGCCUGCUCCUUUGCUACACUACUGUGGCAUCUUUUGCUUACCAUCCUACUAGAGGCAGUAGCAGCAGAACCAAGUGGUUCUGGGGGUGGCAGAGCACUCCGGUGGUAAAAUGGACUUUGCCAUUUCAAACUGUGGCUUAGAAAAUGAGCACAUCUAGAUGAGGCGUGAGCUAGCAUAACUAAUAUGCUAGUUCUUUGUUUAUGGAGGGUGUGUUCUGUUUCAUUUUUGUAUGGGGUAGCUAUCAAAAAGGUUAUGCCCAACCUGCUGUCUGAAGUGGCAUAGUCCAGUCUGCAUAAAAGGUCAUAUACAUGGCAUCAAACCAUUUCCCCCACGAUUUUCUGUUCUGCAACUCUCCAAGGUCGUAGAGGGUUUUCCAGCCCUUUUGCCUGAGAUCUUGGGUGCUUCUAAGAUAGUGACUUAACACUGUAAAUGAGUCAUUCAGAAAUUGCAAGCUGGUCAUCAGCAAGAGGCUUUUUUAAUUUAUCCGAUUUUGCCCAGAAAGUUUGAAUCUGGAUUAAAUGGCAUUUUGAUGGCCAUAUCAAUGCUGUGACCUUAAGCAUGCAAAACUUUGCCUUGCUCAUCUGUCAGUUUCAGCAGAGUUGCAGAAUGAGAUUCUUAGGAAAUUUCCUCUUCUGUUGUAGCAAAGCCUUUCUUGCCUAAGGUGCUCUUUCAUAUUUCCUCCCUUAAGCUAUAGAAAAUUCAGGGCAAGCUUUGCAUAGCUGGGUUGGAGAGAGGACUGGACAGUCUCUCUCUCCCCCCACCCUCUCUCUGUUUGUGUGAAAUUCAUGUGCUGACAGAUUUGCGGGGCAAGAGAAAAUUGUGCAGAUGCUUCUCUCUCCCUUUAAUUCCCCUCUACAAAUCUUCUCCUUGGGAGAAGCCUUUGGGAUAACUCCUAGUUCUUACCUCUAGGUGAAACAAAGCCAAAUUAUCUAUUUCUGCUCAAAUUUGUGAACUUUAGUCUCUCCCAACCCUUCCUUCUCUCGUCUCCCUCCACUGUGGAAAUUUGGAUUGUAGCUUCCUUGAGACAGGGGCCUGUUUACCUUGCAGAUUGAUGGCUUGCAAAACAUCGCAGGUUGAUUUUUGCCAUGCAAAAACUGAUCCUGGAGCAACACGAAUGCAGCCCUCUCAGCUUGCACCAAGAAACUCUGGAACAUGCCGAGCUACCUUUCUCAAGCCAUUUUUCCUCUGCAGCCAUUUAUAAUCUCAACACACAACAGGCUGCAUACACACCAUACAUUUGCAGCGCAUUUUUCUCCCAAAGUUCUGGGAACUGUAGUUCACCCCUCACUGAGCUAUAAUUCCCAGCAACCUUCGCAAACUGCAGCUCCCAUGAUUCUUGGCAGGGUGGGGAGAUAUGCUGCAAAUGUAUAGUGUGUAUGAACACAAACACACACACCUUUUCCUCCUGGCCUCCAGUUGUAGCCCCAGGCAUCACAUCUGAGAAUAUCAUCACUAUAUCCCAUAAGAUGAAACAGUCAAUUAGCUGUGCUCACACCUGACCACAGGACUGAGUCAGCCUUGGCUGCCCUGAUGAACCAGCACUGUUACAGGUACCACAUAAUACUCAUUCCACAUUUGUAAGGAAGCACCCAGGCUUUGAAACUUCCUCCCAUCAGGCAGGCACCUUCACUGUGCUCGUUUCGGUGAUGGUUCUGCAAAUCUAAGCAGUCAAAUGGGCACAUGUGGGGUUAAGGCGAUCCUGCAGGUAGACUGGUCUCAAGCUGUUGAGGGCCUCAUAUACUAAUAGUAACACCUGGAGCCUGGUCCCGUAACAAAUGGGCAAGCAGCACAGAUCCAAAGCGCAACCAGCAGAGAGGUUAUGUGUGGCGUCUUCUCUUAAUUAAGUCUAUGCUCACUAUGACAUAUGUCAGCCGCUUUGAGGUUUUUGCUGAAAUACGAAGCGGCAUGUAAGUUAACUAGCAAUCUAACUCACCAUCUGUCCCAACAGGUCUUGAUUCUAGAGUUGGGCAGAGUGUUGCAACCAUCUCAGCUCAGUGUCUGCAGUCAAGAAGGGCAAAAAUCAGUGACGCUGAGCCACAUUGGCUCUCCAGAAGAGGUAGGUCCAGAAUUGUGUCCUGGGUCAGUUUCUUUUUCUGAUUUUAAAUUUUAAAACUUUAAUUUAUUACCUGCCCUUCACCCUAAGGUUCCAAAACAAGUUACAACAAUUAAAAAUUGAACUUUUUAAAAACCCUUAUAAUUACAAAAAAUACAAACACAAAAUAUCUAAUAAAAAGUGAUGAAAGUUCAUGUAAUUACUUUCAUUCUGUUUAGAUUUCCAGUCUUUAUGCAUUAUAAAUCUUCAUGGCUGUUUAUCCCUCCAGGUGUGUGUCUCAAUUUCCUGUGUUUCCCCACUCGGGGCAUUUGUAUGUUUCUUUCACCUUUUGGGUCUCUUUACAGGAAGGGAUUUCCAAGUGGACAUUCCCAACAUCUUCCAUCCGUGGAAUCAGGUGAUGAUUAUUAUUUUUAUAUAAAACAAAUAGUUUGAAUUCCUUGUUUUUAAGGCUAGGCUAGUGCUUCAUAUAAGAAGCAGCCUUUAUACCAGGUCAGAGCAAUAAGCCACAUUGCUUAGUAUUGGCUACACUAAGAAACAGUAACUCGCUGUGGUUUCAAGGCCUUUCCCAGUCCUUCCUUGAGAUACAUCACUGACUUACAGUUCUUCCCCUAAAAAAAAGAAAGUUCUAGAUCUCUAGACCCUGAAAUAAAGGGCUGAUUUAAACAGGAACAUAGGACACUGUCAAGAAAGACCACUGGUGCAUUUAGCACACUAUUGCCUAUACCUGGGGCAUCCAUCAUGGUGCCUUCCAUGGUGGACUCCAAUUCCCAUCACCUCCAGCCAGCAUGGUCCAUGGUCAGGAACUAUGGGAGCUGUAGUUCAGCAACAUCUGGAGGGCACCACAUUGGCUACUCCUAGUGCACUGGGUGGCCGAAGGUCACUACAAUUUCAGGCAGAAGUCUUCCCCAGCCCUCCUGAGACAUUGGAGAUUAACCCACAAGAAUUGGCAUGCAAAGCCAAUAGACUGUUGAUGUACAGCCCCUCCCCUGAGAAAACAGAGCUAGCCAGGUGGCACUCGCAGUAGAGAGCACUGGGCAGAGAGGACACAUGAGAAGCUGCCUUUUUAUGAGAUCCCAGUACACAUUUUUGUGCAUUUUCUAUCAAAAGAAAAUGCACUGCAAAAUUUGGAGAAGUGUGUAAUUUGAUUGAGAGGAAUGCAGGAAGCUGCCUUAUAUGGAGUCAGACCCUGGCUCCAUCCAGUUCUGUGUUGUCUACACUGACUGGCAGAAGCACUCCAGAGUUUCAGGUACAAAUCUUUCCCAGCCCUACCUGGAGAUGCCAGGGAUUGAACUUGGGACCUUCUACAUUCCAAGCAUCUGUUUUAUGACGUGAGUCACAGCCCACCCCCAAGAUUAAGUGCAUUCCAAUCUACACUGAAGUCUGGGAUUGGUGAGUUAGGUCAGUUUGUCCUUAAAAUGUAUUUUUCUCCCACUUCGUACUGUAGCUCACAUGUCAAUGCUCCUCCAUGCAAAUAGAAAUAAAUAAAACAUCAUUGCACCUAGAAAGCUAGCAUCUCAAGGAGAAUGGGGUCUGGCCUGUGGCUGGUAAGCCCCUGAGGCUAAUGUGAGCAACUUGGGGUGGUGGGACACAGAGAGAGGCAGGUUUUAAAGCAAGACACAGGCUUGCGCUGAUAAGGAAAGGAGACUUGCUGAAGUCCUUCCACUCCUAUCUUUUUUUCUUGCCAGUAUCUCCAAGUGCGAUGAGCGGUGCUGCUUCCUCUAUGUUCUGCACACAGCAGAAGACUUCCAGCUGUACUUCCCUACCCAGUACCAUUGCCGCUGGUGAGUGGGGGGACAUGAAUGGGCAGCAGAGGGACAACCCGCAACCUUUGGAAGAGGGACAAUUAAAAACAACCACAACCCAACUACAUUCCCCACUCGGGGAAAGGGAGCAUCUUCUGCAGGAUGCUGCUCUAGACAGAGUCUUUCCCAGAGUGGGCAACUCUGUUCUUACAGCUCUGUCUGGCAACUGGUGGCUGUCAUUUCCGCCCCUCCCUAAACCCUGCUGGAAUGAUGUUUUACUAUCACAGUGGUACCUCGGGUUACAAACACUUCAGGUUACAAACUCCGCUAACCCGGAAGUAGUACCUCGGGUUGAGAACUUUGCCUCAGGAUGAGAACGGAAAUCGUGCACCGGCGGCGGGAGGCCCCAUUAGCAAAAGUGCACCUCAGGUUAAGAACGGUUUCUGGUUAAGAACGGACCCCCAGAACGAAUUAAGUUCAUAACCGAGGUACCACUGUACAUAGCUUUUCUCCCAGAGCUUUGCACAAACAAAUAAAUUAAAAUAGUAAUAGUAGCUGCUAGAAGGAUCUCUGGAGAUAGAGUGUGUGUUCCCUGCUUGGCUUCGACUCACCCGCCCCAUCCUCUGAAAUAUCCUGAGUGAUUUGGGGCCCCUUUCACCCUUUCCUUCCAAAUUAAGCUGCAAUAACUUCGGGUUUAGUUCUCAGUCCUCUCUCCCUCAUCCGUUUGCAUAAUUCUUCCAAAUUUUCAGUCUUUUAUUCAACCCGUCUAGUCUGGGCUUUUAGCCUUUGAUUCUGAACCCAAUGAUAACAGGAUGGUUCUUUGUGCUGGUGUCCAUUCUCUUAGGGGUUUUUUCUCCCCCCUCUACUCUUUUACAUUAGGUUUUGCGAACUGGUCCGCUCCUUCAUGGCAGAGAUGGGUGAGGAAGUGAAUAGCUGCAGCUCCCUGGAGGAACUCGAGGUGAGCUGGCGGAAGAGGACACUCCUUGGUUUCAGGAACUGGGAACUUUUGUCAGGGCCUGUCGAACGAUGGCUGUGAAGGCGGAUGUGGAAAAUGGCCAAGCCCAGUGAUGAACAGGCCAAGACAGGGUGCUGCGCAUAGAGAUUUCACCUUUUAAGUUCCAUAACUCUGUGUGUGUUCUUUGACUUGCACAGUAUGACUACGAACGCACAGAAGCAGGUGACAGGGUGAUUCUAGGUAAAGGCACUUAUGGGGUGGUCUACGCUGGCCGGGACCUCAGCAAUCAGGUGCGCAUCGCCAUUAAGGAGAUCCCAGAGCGUGACAGCAGGUAAGAGUUGCGAAAAGCAGGGAAGGAAUUACUAAUAAUGUCAAUUUUGGCUUCUUGUUUCUUUAGUCUUGAGCUCAGUUCAUCACGCUUCUGCACUUGUGUGUAUUUUCCCCUCUUUUAGUUAGGUUAUUAACAUUCACACUAAUUUUUGUGUGCAUUUCUCCAAAUAUUGCCAUUUUUGUAUGCCGUCUUGCCUAUGCUUUUGCAAGCAAUUUUCCCUAGUACAAGGCAUUUUUUGUACAUUGUUUUCAUGGAUAUACACAUUUUUGUGCACAUUUUUUGUUGGAGUGCUGUAUCACAAAAUUAGGGAGGAGUUCAAAUUUCAAAGAUGAGCCAUCUUUCAGUUUGUGCAUUUGUUUAGGAAGUGUGACUUUGGUAUGUUUAUGCUAAAAUGUGAACCCAACUAUUUCCUUCCCCUAUCCUUAGAAUGGCCAGACUGCUCUGGGGGAAUCUGGGGCUUCUUUCACAUUGCAAGAACUCUGGGAUGUCUUUGAAAUCAGAUUCCCACUUAUGCAUCACCAAAAAAGAUUUGCACAAAACCCAAAUAUGCUAAUUGUUAUGUGUAGACGCAAAUUUGGGAAUAAUGAUUGUAACUUAAACAAAAAUCCAGUGCAUGUUAGGGAAGACUGUGACCAGAUGACCUUCGUGCCUACUCAGUCUUCUGCUCAGGAGCUACUAUCAUCAUUAUCAUCAUUAAUAUUAUUAUUAAUAAUAGCCUGUGAUUCACUUAGCUCCCAAUUAAUAGGUUAUGGGCAGCUUCAAAGACCCUGCUGCUGCUCUUCCUUCUGAGGGUUCUUUGUCUUUAAAUCGGACUUUGACUGGAGAGUCCUUCAAAGAGAGGACUGUCCUCUCUAAAGUAGGACACAUGGCUAUCCUACUUGGCAGGAAUAUGCUCAGCAUGGGGGGAGGGGCGUGGCAUCCCCUGGCUGCUGCCUCUGAGAGAGUUGUGUGAACGUCUGCAUUCAUACAUGUCACACUUGCACUUCAGAUACUCGCAGCCCCUUCAUGAGGAGAUUGCUCUGCACAAGCGCCUGAAACACAAGAACAUUGUUCGCUAUUUGGGCUCUGUCAGUCAAGAUGGCUUCCUCAAGAUCUUCAUGGAGGAGGUACCUGGGGGUAAGUACAGUGGUAAAAAGGUAAAGGUAAAGGGACCCCUGACCAUUAGGUCCAGUCGUGACCGACUCCGGGGUUGCAGCGCUCAUCUCGCUACAGUGGUACCUCAGGUUAAAAACUUAAUUCAUUCUGGAGGUCCACUCUUAACCUGAAACUGUUCUUAACCUGAGUACCACUUUAGCUAAUGGGGCCUCCUGCUGCCGCCACACCACUGCCGCACGAAUUCUGUUCUCAUCCUGAAGCAAAGUUCUUAACCCGAGGUACUAUUUCUGGGUUAGCGGAGUCUGUAACCUGAAGUGUCUGUAACCCGAGGUACCACUGUAUAUGCAGUAAAUAUGCAAUGUGCAAUAAAAAACAUGUAAAAAUUAAAAAAAAACACACCAGAGACCACCAAUAAAGAUGCUUUCUUAAUUGUUUGCAUCAGCAGAGCAGCACAGGAAGCUUGUCACAAAAGGCGUUCAAAGCUUAAAAGAGAAGCUGAAUCUCGGUUGGCCACACGCGACUGGGCCGAUGACACUAAAAGCUCAGUUUCUUGUUGCUGUCAGCUGAGCCUCACUAGCUCAGGGAAUAACCGACGAUGCCCCUUACCUCAGUGACUGAGACGCGAUAUUAGGGUUAAGGUUUGCCGCAGAGAGCACUGCAGUAAUUCAGCCUUGAGGUUACUGAUGCAAGGACUGCAGUGGACAUGACUAGUAGCCAUUGUGCUCCGUGCAUUUGUCUAAUCCCUAUAUAAGAAAACAGCCUCUAUAGUGUUCCAUGUCCCUCUAUCCCCACCCCAAAAAUCCAGGAAGCCUUUCCUCUCUUCUGCGCUCCAUGUGGGGCCCCCUGAAAGACAACGAGCCCACCAUCGUUUUCUACACCAAGCAAAUCCUAGAGGGGCUGCGCUACCUGCACGACAACCAGAUCGUCCACAGGGACAUCAAGGUGAGAGCCACCUCAGCUUGGGCUGCCAGGAGUAGACAUGUUGUUGGUGCUAGAUCUCUGUGUGGCAUUGCCAGACCUGGCAGGGAUCAAGCAGGUCUUUUCACGCAGCUUUCCUUUUCCUCCUUCAUUUGGGUUUUGACUCUGCAUUAGCUUUGGUAAAACAAAGACUACAUGGGAUAUUUCUUUUCAGGACAUUUUGGCUAGCUCAUGCACAGCCUGCUUGCCUUGCUCCUUAGGCAUUUCUUAAAGACGAUCCUUAAUGAUUUUCAGCUAGCUGCUUAUUUUAGGAAUUUGCAUGCAGUUAAUUAUCGCACAGCUUUUGCUCUGGCCAGAUUUAAUGUGAUGCCUUUCUCGGUUGCUCUGGGGAGGAAUAGGCUGGUGUUCCUUGAGGGUUUGUCCUUGUAAUAACCAGGAGCUGGAACAUCUGUGGGAAAUAUUGUUUUGUUUUUAUAAUUUUUAUGCUGGCGCUCAUCAGCAGAUGAUUGCCCCUUUAUUGGUCAAACCAGGAAGGUCAGCUAAAUUUUAUGUUAAAUAUUUACCGGGAGAUAAAACCCUACGUGUGUCAUUAGUAAUGACUGGAUUUUCUUUAUCAGGGACAGUGAGAACAAGAAGGCAAUUAACCACCUGAAGUUGGAAAUAUUAUAUUUGGGAGCUAUUUAAGACAUUUGUUAUCCUGUCAAUAUGUAUACUUGAGCUGGUGGCAUUUAGAUAAUACAUUGCUUUCUGUUUUGCUCGAUGCUUAAGAUUAUGGAGCAUUGUAUGGCUUUAUUUUUGCCGCAUUCCUGUUCUGUGGAUCAUAAUAAAUUGAUGAUGAAGUUAAUACUACAGUUGAAUUUCUAAGCAACAGUCCUUGGGGUUUUGUUUUUGUGGAAGGGGGGGGGUUGGCACUGCCACUCCUUUUUUCACUGUUCCCAGUCCAGGAAUGAAGAGGCUCUGGGUAAAGUGUCUUCUGCUGAGCUCCCUCUUCUUUUGGUCAUCCCUGACAGGCUUCCCUGGCUGCUAAGGCAGUGCCUUGAACAGCAUUGGGCAGCUGGGUCUGGUUGCCAUAUGUUAGAUUCUGCAAUGGCUGGUAUGAAAAGGGAGAGAUUGUUGAUAUUUUCACCCCUCCCAUUGACAGAAUCUCCUGAUCUGAUGUUUUAAGAAAGGAGGGGGCGGAAACUGCUCUUCUACUCUUCCGCUCCUGACUGACUGCCUGACACUGUGUGUAGAGAGAGUCUUAUCUAUGUAGUGACUAGAUGGUAGAGUGGGAGAUGUAACACUCAUGCAACCCAGUAGUUUGUUAGUUUGUAGUAGCUAUUAGAAAUAAAAGGAGUUAUGCUUCACAGCUAGCUUCUGUGUUAUUUAUACUCUGCAUGAGUUUGGUGCUCACAAUGCACACUUGUGGGUCCAGUGCACUGGGACCUGCUUUCCAGGAUUGGAAGGUCUCUGAAAGUGCUCCAGUCACGUAGCCCAGUCGGGGCAGAACCAGUUAUUGAGCCCAGUCGCUGACAUCAGAUGAAAGGCAUACUGACAGUUCCCUCCAUGCCACAGAGCGAUGCUCACUCAGAGGCAGUGUGGGAAAUUAAAAAGCUGGCUGGAUCUAGCCAUCUGGCACUCGCAGGCUGUGCAGGGAAUUGCCUGAGGUGCACGUCUAGGGCAGACAUCAGCAGCAGGGCCUUCGUAGUCCCGAGACCCUUGCAGUCGUCCAGGGAUGCCAAGACACUGGUGCCAGGCCUGUUUGCAGUUGGAGGAAGUCCUCAGAACUUGAGUGCCUUGUUGAUCUCCAAAGCAGUGACUUGGCUUUUCUUGGAUAAACAGGGUGAUAACGUCCUGAUCAACACGUACAGUGGAGUGUUGAAAAUUUCAGACUUUGGCACAUCCAAGAGGCUGGCAGGGAUCAGCCCCAGUACAGAGACAUUCACAGGUAAGUGUGUGUGCAGCUCUGCGUCAUUUGGGGAAGAGAGCCUACUCAUCCGGGCUCUCAGGCAUUGGGAUGUGGCUCCCAUGACUUCUUCCUUCUUGGUUUCUCUCUUCCUUCCUCAGGCACCUUACAGUACAUGGCCCCAGAGGUCAUUGAUCAGGGACCCCGUGGCUAUGGCAAGCCGGCUGACAUCUGGUCCAUGGGCUGCACCAUCAUUGAGAUGGCGACAGGCAAGCCGCCUUUCUUUGAGCUGGGCAGCCCGCAGGCCGCCAUGUUCAAGGUGAGGCUGGGAUUUGCACCCUUCUGCACAGCUGGGAAGAACACUUGGCAGUUUUCCUGCAGGGAGGAGGGGAUCCUUGCAGGAGUUGUCUCUGUCAGGAGCUCAGCCUACACUCGAGUAGGACCCUGGCAGAGGCACAUGCCCGACUGGCAUGUUCUCUCCCUCCUGGUCUUUCGUUCAGGAGCUUCAGAAGCUUUCUUCAGCCUGAACAUCACAGCGACCGAUGCCAACUGACACCGGCACACUUAAGGAUCCGCAGAGUUUGUGCAUCAUGCGUAACAGACCUCAGCAACUCAGCAUUUUGGCUAAUCUACUUUAUUUACAUAUAAACACACACGGAGCACUGCAACAUGGCUCCCUCUCUCUCUAGCAUCAGACAGCAAAGAGAAAAAGAACAAAGGGCAAUAGUCCCACUUCACGGAACACAGUAACACAAGCAUCCUGUCUCUGUCACUUCCCACUCUGUGGAAUCAAAACAUAUACCGUCAUGUGAUAGACAAAAAUCCCAUGACUGCAAUCGUGGAGCAGGAAUUCUAACAGUCUCUGCCCACUUGCUCCACUAGGCAGGAAGAAGUAAAUGAGAAUGGGUAGUCCAAGUGGACUGACAAUCUCUUCCCUGGUUCACUUGCUGCCCAGCCCCAAAGCAGCUCUGAUUCUAGGGGAAUUUCCCUUUUCUCAGCAGCAUGGCAUUCCUUCUCACCUUUCCUUCUAACUGCAGCCAGGAUACCAAAAAGGGAGAGAUGGUUUAUGGAAGACAUGGUCAUCAUCAGCUCCCCAGCCCUCUCAGCAGACUCCUUUUAGAUGAUUCUGGGGCUGGGUAUUCCUGGGUUGCUCAGCGCUUUGUGGAAGACCAGCAGAGCAGGCCAACUCAUUGGCUAGUUACACCAGCCUCUGUCUGGGACUGUUACAGCAAGUGUGGUGUAUUUGUGAAUGCAAGUAGUGCAGUCCUUUAGGGUAUAUGUUCCAUUAGAUCUUUUUGCACAUUUAGACCCUGCAUAUAAUCAUAGUUGUAGCAUUGGAGGGGACCCUGAGAGUCAUUUAGUUCAACCCCCUGCAAUGCAGGAAUCUCAGCACGUGGCCCCCCAGCCAAUUGGAAACCAUACCAGACCCUGCUUAGCUUUGUAGAUGGGCUAGCAAUCAGAAUACAGCAGCCUCCAUCAUUCAGUCUGAGCUUUGAGGACCAGGAUAGUUCCAUAAACAGCCUGUGACCCAGCACUUCUGACAAACCAAGGCCUCUGCCCUUGACUUAGUGUCUUUUCAUAAAGAGGAAGGGCUGUAGCUCAGAGGCAGAACAUGUUGUGCUUCACAUGCAGAAGGGCCUGGUUGAAUCCCUGGGAUUUUCAAAUAGGCCUGGAACCCUGGAGAGCCACUGCCACUCUGUGCAGCCAAUACUGAGCUGGAUGGAUCAACAGCCUGACUUGGUGUAAUAAAACAUCUUCCUCAUUUCUUAAAAACCGACAGGAGCGGACUACCCUGGCCUGUCAAUUCCCACCAUAAAUGAACAGCAAGACCCAUGUUUUCGGGUGGUGCACUGUGUGUAUACUAUUGCCAGUCGUUUGCCUUUUCUUAGGUGGGCAUGUUCAAGAUCCACCCCGAGGUGCCCGAUUCCAUGUCGGAUGAAGCCAAGGCCUUUAUCCUGAGUUGUUUUGAGGCUGAUCCGGACAAGCGGGCGACUGCUGCUGCCUUGCUUCAGGAACCCUUUCUGAAGGCACCCAGUAGGAGGAAAUCCAGGAGCCCAGUGGUGACAGGUAGGGCAGGGAACCAGGGAACCGGGCAGAGGGCCUUCUCGGUAGUGGCACCCGCCUGUGGAAUGCCCUCCCACCAGAUGUCAAAGGAAAAAACAACUACCAGACUUUUAGAAGACAUCUGAAGGCAGCCCAGUUUAGGGAAGCUUUUAAUAUCUGAAGGACUAUUGUAUUUUAAUAUUUUGUUGGAAGCCUCCCAGAGUGGCUGGGGAAACCCAGCCAGAUGGGUGGGGUAUAAAUAAAUUAUUAUUAUUAUAUAUAUCUCAAUCUGUGAGCCAAGUCAGGCUGGGGCUCCUGAUUGUUUGGGAGGUGCCUCAGCAUUACUUUGCUGCCAGCCUUGCACUCCUCUCUCUUCUCCCUACAGACGAGCUGUCUCCUCCAAAUGUGCCAGAAAGGUCGAUUUCAGCAGAGGGUGUCAGCGAGUCCCAGAAACGUUCUUCAUCGUUGCAGUCCUUGAAUGUCUCUCUGUCUCGGAGCACCAGUGAAGUGGCUCAGAGGCCCACCUAUCUCAGGUAAGACCUGGAACAGAAGGGAAGCAGGGAGUGGGGAGCUUAACUUGGGCAGGUUUACAGUAUAGCUUGUGCCCCAUGGAAUUGAGACUCCACAAAAGUAUUGGUGUCUGAACAGACGAUUUAAUCUACUUGGGAACUUGGUGUGCUCUACUGCCUAUCCACAUUGCCACAGUGAUGAUGCACAUUAGCUCUGUCUUGAAACCUGCCUGUGCCUGAGCUGCAGCUGCAUUGCUGCUCCUGGUCCAGGAGGUCUCAAGUGGCAGCCACUUUAAUAUUUGUGGCCCCACAUGCGUGGAAAACUUCUCCUGCCAUCAGGCACAGGCUCCCCGGCGUACAAGACAGAAAAUGAAAACAAAUAUGCUAUUUUUAAAAACAGGACGCAGAGGAGGCAAAGAAACGAAAGCCAUCUUUCUCUCAAAUGGCGGUUUUGGCCAGAUGGUAAAUAUCGUGAAUGGUCCAGCCAAAAUUGCUGGCCCGUCUUCUUCAGCCUUGAUACUGGUUCUAAACUAGUCAGGUCAGGUUGUGCACAAAAUUGGUGGCUGAGAAAAUAAAGAAGGAUCUGACCGCCACCUGGUGGCAACCCUUUGCUCCUGUCACUGCGAGUUUCCAGUACCAGCAAUACUGUGAUAACAUAGCAGUGUGCAAUCUGUGUGCAAUGUCUUCUGAACUCUUCAACAAGUCACAAUAUGAUUUCUGUUCUAAACAAGUGAGCAGAUGCACUCUGUACUUUUAGCUAAGUAAAUCAAGCCAAAGCAAUGACAACCUUUUAGAUUUGUUCCUGGGGAACGUUAAUUCCCUUACAACAGGGAUGGGCAAUGUGUGGCCCUUCAGACAUUGUUGGAUUGCAACAUCCACUAUCCUGGACCAUUGGCCAAGCUUUCUGAGACAGCAUCUGGAGGGUCACAUGUUCCUAAUAUUUUCCACAGGUCCUCACGAUAGAUACUGCAAUGUCCACACACUUCCAAAUGACAACAGAAAUAAUUUAAAGCAGGGGUGGCUAAGGUCAGAUCCACUGCCAUCUCAGGGCUUUUUGUGCUCCCUUGCACACCUUGAAUAAUUUGGCAAUUUCUUUUAUAUAUAUAUAAAAAGGGCAUUGUCUCAGUUCAAAGACACAUUCCAACUGGGCAAAAGCACUUCAGGUCGCUGAGAGAUAUGGCCUGAGAAUCCUUAGUCUGGUCUUUGGUACCUCUCACUGGCCUUGGUUCCAAUGCCUCUUGCUUGCCUGGUGAGUCUCAUUUGUUGCUCUGGCAAGUGGCCCCCACAAGAUUCCCCCGAAGGGAACGCAGCCCUCAUUCUGAAUGAGGUUUCCUAUCUGUGCUUCUGGUAAGAAUUCAGCACAACCUGCAUUCUCACGGAUGGCUCACAUUGCCAGCUGCCCCAGAGUGGCAGCGUUCCCACCCCUCCAUCCCCAGCCAAUGUUCCUUCGGGAUCCAUCCCCUCAAUUGCUAUAUGUCUACACAGGGCCCCUGAGGAACUGCUCAAUGUUGACCUCAGCCUCUCCUCUUCCUCCCACGAGGAGAGCGGCUGCUUGUUCUUGCUGAGGAAGGAUAGCGAGCGGAGAGCCACCCUCCACAAGGUCCUGACAGAGGAGCUGCCCAGCAUUUCUGCCGCGCUCUUUGAGGCCCAGGAUGAGGUAAGCACCGCUCGGGCCUUUGUGGGCUCAGGAACUGGGGCCUUCCAGACAGUUGUUGAACUACAAUUCCCAAUAUACCCGGCAGUUUGUCAUGUUUGCUGAGGCUGAUGGGAGUUGUAGUUCAAAAAAACACCCGGCUGAGGAAGGCUGAAUUAAAGCGUUGCCAAAUCCCGACCUUGCGGGGGGGGGGAGGGGUCUCCUCUUUCCUUCCUCAGCCCCAAAUGUACAAAUGGAAAAUGAAUAAAACCCAUCCUCCCUGUGGAUUCUUACAAAAGUUGUGUUGGGAGCACGUUUAUUUAUUCUGGAUUUAUAUAGCUCCUUUCUGCCAAGGCAGCUUACAGUUUAAACAUGAAAACAAAUACAUUAUAUAAAAAAGAAAACUGGCAGAGUCUUCUCCUGCCAGCUGGGAGCUGUUGGUGUGUGUGUUCCCUGGCCUGGCUCCCUUGCUUCUGCCUUCCCUCAGGGCGUGCAGGUCUUCAGCAACCUCCAGGGAAGGCGUGGGAGAAACUGCAGCAUUUCUGCCACCCGACCUUUGAUUAUGAAUAUUGUAGGGUAGCCACUGGACGUCAAGUCCCAGAGCAAAGGGGGAACUGAAAGGCGUGUGCAAUUUAUUUUCUUUCUUGCAUUUAUAUCCCACCUUUUCUCCAAGAAGCGCAGGGUGGCAUCCGUGGUUCUCUUCCUCCCCAUUUUAUCCUCACAACAACCCUGUGAGGUAGGUGAGGCUCAGAGACUGUGACUGGCCCCAGGUCACCCAGUGAAUUUCUCACGGCUGAGCAGGGACUUGAUCUCUGGUCUCCCAGGCCCAAUAUGCCAGCUGUGACGCCACACUGGCUUUUAGUUUGGGGGGUGAGGAAUCUGCAGGCCUCCGGAUGUUUCUGGGCUGCAGCGCCUCCCUCAUCCCAUCCCUGCAGGAGAGAUGAUAAACAGAGGCAAAGCAGAAUUCCCACACUUGGUAAUAGGCACAGUGCCAUGGCUUUUCCCCUGGCCCUCAGCUCAGCUCUGUUCUGUUUUGUUUCCGGUUGUGUCUCUCCUCCAGGCCUGGCCUCCUUCUUCGCCUUCCCCUCAGAGCCCAGUCUCCUUGGACCACAUCUCCCAGCUGGUCUCCUGCCUCAAGAGAUACAUCCGCUCCCCCAACCGCAAGCAGCUGGCUCACGACUUGCUCCAAAUCCAGACCAGCUUGCAGGCAGAUGGCCUAAGCCUUUGUCAGCUGCAAGCGCCCCUCUUCACCUUCCAGGACACCGUAAGUGGGCUUGGGUCGGUGCGGCUGGGAUCCCUCAUGAAAAGUGUCUUCUGUGUUCCCUUGCAAUGCCCAGAAGCCGCCCUGGGCUCAGGGGUGGACCUUGGUAAUAUGCUGCCCUCUGCGAGGCCAUUUAAUUCCCUCACAGCAUCAGCCUAAGCCGGGCUUUGGGAAGGAGGCGCAAGGCUCUGGCAAGGUCCUAGAGCCCUCCUACCUCCUUCUCAAAGUCUGGUAAGCCCUUGCCCAGCUUUAGGAAGGAGGCCCCUAGGACCCUGCCAGAGCCCUCACACCUCCUUCCUGAAGCCUGGCAAGCACUUACCGGGCUUUGAGAAAGUUCUAGCAUGACAGCACAAGCAUCAUAUAUAUUUGCACUGGAGGGUGUCUAUAUAGCUUCUUUGGUGAUCACUCGUAGCCUAGUAAGAUUGUCUAGGGAGCUGACUGCUUCAGGACUGUUUCAGUUCUGUACAUGGACAUGGCUGCAUCAUAAAUAUCCAGCUUUCUUUCUUUCCACCUUACCACUCCAGGGAUGGGGAACCUGUGCUCCUCCAGAUUCUGUUGGACUCCAGCUCCCAUCAGCCCCAGCCAGCAUGGCUCAGCGGUCAUGGGAGUUGUAGUCCAGCAACAUCUGAAGGGCCGCAGGAUCUGACUGCUGCCUGUUAGAUUUUUUUAUAGCUGUUGCUGCUGUUUCAUCUCUGCAUGUUUAAAAUGAAGAAAACUUGGAAGGGAGGCCGGAGUGAUUUUUGCCUGCAGAAAGGCUGAGAGCUUGCUCCUCAAAUUCCUCAGCAUGUGCUCAGGGGUACCUUUUAUCCUCCCCAUAAUGCUGAAGUGUAUGUCUGCUCAACUGACCCAGCUCUUGGCUGCAGUUGAUGGGUCUUAGGGAUCUAGUUAAGAAAAAUGGAUCACACCAGGAUGGUCUUAGAUGGACAGAACCCUUACCAAAUUUGCAGAUAAGACAAAGGAAGGAGGGAUAGCUACCAUCUCAAAGGGCAGGAAUAAAAUUCAAAAUGCAGGCCACAGCACUUUCUCAAAAUGUGCUGAUUGGUCCAAAAAGGAUUAAUAACCCCUGCACUAGAUAGUCCACAAGUCCUCCCCCUCAACCCCCUCAACCGCCAUCUCUGGGGCAACUAUAUUCAGUGUUUUGGUGAAGCCAGAAUGGCAAGGGCGGGGAGUGCCUAGAGAGCUAAGUAGAGGAAGGAGGCCCAGUGCAUCCUGAGCCUGUCUCCUCUCUGUCUCCCACCUCCACAGGUAAAGCAGGCGCUGCGGAAGCUCCAGAUCAAGCCUCACUGGGUGUUCGCCUUGGAUAACCUCAUGGGGCAGGCGGUCCAGGCAGCUUUCACCAUCCUCUUGACAGGUAGGAGAAAUGGGUGGAAUAGAAGGUUGGCUCACUCUGAAUACAGUCUGGAAUACCCUGGGUCUGAGGAGCUGAAGAAGAAUGUUUAUUGCAUUCAUAUUCUGUCAUUUCAUACGAGGAACUCCAGGUGGUGUUUGUGGUUCUCACCCUUCUCGUUUUAUCCUGGGAGGCAGUAACUGGCCCAAGGUCACCCAAGGAGCUGCAUGGCUGAGUGGGGAUUUGAACCACGGUCUCCCAGGUGGUGACACAGGAUGUGUGUGUGUUGUGUGUGUUCCUGGCACAAACAGUUGGGAAUGUGCUUUUUUGAGUGAAGGUGCCAGGGAACAGCUUUGGGGUCCUCCUGCAUGCCAACGCAUGCGCUCUUACCACUGAGCUGUGGAAUCACCGCUGUCUGCCACUAUGUUGGGCAACCGCCUUGCCCACCCUUCGCCCCUCUACUAUCACACACAUUUUGCCUUUCCAGAACUCAAGGUGAAGCCGUGGUCCUCCCGGGAGGAAGGCCACGAACACGCAAGCCAUGAGGAGGAAGAGAGUCUGUUGCCCCAGGAGCUGCAGUCUUUGAAAAGCCAGGACCUUGCCCUCAAGGACAGCAUGGACACACCAAGUUCUGGGAUCGGCACUAGCAGCAGCAGCUGGAUAGACUCCCAGCAUUCCCUGAAUGGCCGUUUGCCUCUCAUGGCUCAGCUGAAUGAGCUGCAGGCGGAGACAAGAAGGUAAGCCCUUUCUGGCUUCCCUCCUUUAGGCUGGGGUGGGGUAAGCAGCAAAGGGUCAACAGGCCUCUGCCCCAUUUUUUGAGGGCUUUAGAGCAGAGCUGGCGCCCUCCAGAUUCUGUUGGACUACAACUCCCAUCAUCCUUGGCCGUUGGGCAUGCUUGCUGGGGCUGAUGGGAGCUGGAGUCCAGCAGCAUCUCAAGGAAGCAUCACAAUGGCUCCUCCUGCUGUGUGUUAGAAUGGUGGUCACCGAUAGUCGCUGGAGUCCAGUUCCUACCAGCCCCGGCAAGCAAGUCCAUUAGCGGCAUAAGGAGAACCCAGAUGGUUCAGGUCAAAGGCCCAUCGAGUCCCCACAUGCCUUGAUGGGAAGCCUACCAGAGGAACCUGAGCACAGCAGCACUCUCGCCAGUGACCUCAGUGGUUAGGGAUGAUGGAAAUAGUCCAGCAACAUCCAGCAGGCACCAGGUUGACUACUCACUGGCACAGGGUAGUCUUAUGCAGCUACAUUCAGGGCCCAGCCGCAGAAGCUGUAAAGCACAGCAAUCUGUUUUCAGUGCCAAUGUUUGGCCUUUGAAAUAUGUGUCGUAGUGUUAAAGGAGAGUGUGUCUGAGCAUGUGCGGAAUCCACACAUCACUUGGGCUUAAUCCCAGCCACUCCUCCUCAGUAGGAUGAGAAUUUCUAGGGCAGAGGAUGUGACUGCCCUGGCAGCCAGGAACACCAAAAUCUCAAAUGCAACCUACUUUUUUGCAGUUGGACACGCUAGCAGAACAAUCUGACCCCCACUCUAAUCUUUUUAUGCAUGCACUUGCAAGCAAGUUCACUCUCUAACCCUUUCUGGCCCUGCCAGGCUGCAGUGGGAGCUGAUGAAGAAGGAGCGGGAAUGCCAGAAGCUUCUGCAGGAGGCACUGUGGAGUGUGGAAGCCGAUUCCUGGGCUCUAAGAGGAGCCAAGCUGAGAGGUGAGGUCACUGGCACCAGGAGGCUCAGCUGUAAGCAGAGCUAUGCAACCUCUGUGCUAAACAAGUUGAAAUUAUAUACCCUGCAAAAAUUGAGAAAAGCCUAAUUUUGAAACCAUGGGAACAUUGGAAACUGCCUUAUGCCAAGUCAGACUGUUAGUUCAUCUAGCUUGGUGCCGUCUACACUGACUGGCAGCAGCCCUUGCCACCAGUAUCCUGCUCUGUGCUUGUGCAACAUCACACACAGAUAUGCAGUGAUAGUUGUGUCCUCUUCCACACUCCUGUGCACAUGUCUCCGUGCGCUCACACACAGAUACACACUUCAUUCUUCCUCUUCUCCAGGCAAGACAUUGCGUGUGGCAUCUUUAGCCCACUGUCCCAUCAUCUCAUUCUCUCCCCCGACUCCCUGCAAGGUGCCAGUUUGGGUGCCUUUCAGAACCAAAAUGCACCUAAAGCAAGGUGCUGUGGGAAGAUCAUGCUUUAUGGUUUUAGGAAGCAGAAGUUAAUCACACAAGGCACUGAAGAAACCUUUUAAAAAACCUCUUCCUUUUUUCACCUGCUUUCCCAGGAGACACUACUUCCCCAAUGCAUUCCUGGGAGAGAGAAGAAGAAGAGACUGCAGACCCCGUCCUCGCAGAGUGGUUGGAAAAACACGGGGCUGACAAAGCCACAAUUGCAACGGUAGAUUCCUUUUUGGAGGGGGGCGUUUUAAGCAUCAGCUCCUGGCUCUAUGGUUUGGCCCAGCCUCCAGGCAGAAGUGCCUGUUUUUAAAUGCAGUUGGUAGGGGGUGGGGAAGAGAAUGUCAUUGGGUUGGCUUAACUCAGAAGGGACAUUUUAUUGCUGGGAGAGUUUCAGAAAAGAGCAGCCAAAGUUAUCAAGGGGUUGGAGCAACUCCCCCGUGAAUAAAAGUUCUGGGGCUUUUUAAUUUGGGCAGGCAGGGGCAAGGUGAGUAAGUGGGGACGUAGUAGGUGUGUGUAAAGCCAUGCAUGGUGUAGAAAAAAAAUAGAUUAAAGGUUUUUCUCCCUCUUUCAUAAUACUAGAACCUGGGGCUGUUCAAUGAAGUUGAACAUUGGGAAACUCAGGGCAGACAAAAGGAAGUUACUCUUCACGCAAGCUAGAGAAUUUGCUCCCACGGGAUGUGGUGUUGGUCACUAGUGGGGAUGGCCAUAAAAGUGGAUUACACAAACUUAUGGGAAGCUAGGCUAUCAACAGCUACUCACCAUGGUGUCUAUGUACUGACUCCAUAGUCAGAAGCAGUUGCUGGGAAUCACAAGUGGGCGUUUUCUACAAGCAGCUGGUUGGCCACCGUGAGAGUCGGGGCCUUUUCUGCGGUGGCUCCCCAUUUGUGGAAUGCUGUCCCCGAGGAGGUUCGCCUGGUGCCUUUAUUACAUCUCUUUAGGUGCCACACGAAAAUAUUUCUCUGUGGCUAAUUAAACUAUCUCUGGCCUUUUAAACUGAGGAGAGAUAUGGUUUUGGUUUGUGACUGCAUUAUGUAUUUUUGUGGUUUUAUAUUGUAAACAGCCUUGAGAUCCUUUGAUGAAGGGCAGUAUAGACAGUUAAUAAGAAUAAAUAAAUAAGAAUAAUAAGAAUAAGUGCACAACACUCUUCUCCACUUCCAUUACCUUUCUCAGCCAGAGAGGUGGUUUCUCUGGAGUGGGUAGGUGUCUGUCAACUUCCCUGUUCUCUGACCAGCCACAGCUAAAGCAAUUGUAUGUCUCUCUUUCCUAGCUCUCACACCAUGGCUUCACCCUGCCUGACUUGCUCAACUGUGCUACGCCUGACGACCUCCGGUAUACCCGUAUCAGGUAGGUGAGAGGCAGCUUAGGUAGGGGUAGGUAGGGGCAAUUAAGAAAUUCAUUGGGUCUAGGUUGCAAAAUGGACUUCCCAGAUCUGUACCUUCCUCACUGAAGUCUCUGCGGUGUGUCAACGGCUGCCUUCGCGCAAUGCAUUCCUCUGUGCUUUUUAAUAGAGCACUCAAAUGGGGCUGCUGCAGAUGCGGAGUCCACGGGGCAGCCGUGUGUUUUCCCUGUGCACAACUUCCUGAGAGAGGACAGUGCAUAAUUACAUUCCGCUGUUCCCCUGAGUGGUUUUGGCUCCAUUUUCAACACAACACAGAAGAGUCGUCAUCAGAUCUAGUAAGGCACUUAUAUUGGCUCCUCUCCCCCAAAAGGCAGCCCUCCCUCCUCACCACUCUACUGAGCCCAUGAUUAAAAAAAAUAAAAUCCAAACUUCUGCCCGCAUGAUUAUUUUAAGCAGAAUUUGUUUAUUUUUUGCUAUUUAUUAUAGUUACAGAAUUUAGUUGCAGUUAGCCCGGGAGGAAGGCCUGGAGCCUGAGUAUCCUUGCUCGGAGGGACUGCAACCCAAGUGCUGCUACCUCUUAUAAAGCUGAAACACCAUUAGCAUGGAGGCUACUUAGGAAGCAGCAGCUGACAAGUUAAGGCACUUGAUUCAAGUUGUGUACAAAGCAUCACCCCUUGUCUCUAGUUGGGUUCUGAGUGGUCCAGGUGUUUGGAUAGCGUCUUCCAGUGAUCUGCUGUGCCCUGUCACUUGGAGCACUGCAAGUCACGUCGGCUCAACGACCCGAGAGGCGCAAUAUAGCAUGUUCACCAUCUGAAUCUUUCCAUGGUCUUGUCUUGGCAGAGGGGGGAUGGUGUGCCGCCUCUGGAAAGCCAUCUCGGAGCAUCGGCAAACACUCAGCCAGAAGUUACAGCCCGAAGCAGAGCAAGAGCCAGGCCAAGGGAAGCCCUUAAUCUGCUUGGAGGACAGCAGGAUCUGGUUGGCAUAGACCUUCUUCCCCAGCAGUAAGCAGAUUCCAGACUUGCCCUCACACAGAGGUGAUGUGAACUGAGUUUCCAUUUAUCCCUUGGUGAUGGGGAAGGUGGUACUGGUCUAUUCUGGCACCUCAAGCAAAUCACGUCUGGAGGAGACGAUUUCUGUGGCACUGCAAAAAUCGGCAGUUCUCUCUCGGCUUGAGACAAAGGAAGACAAAGGGUGCUUUGUCCUGUGACCUGGAUUUCAGAGGAAGAGAGGCAGGGAGAUUCUGAGCUACCCUGCAAGGGGUGGGAGGUCGCUUCAGAGUCAACAGUGGAAAAAGCCCUGGUUGCAUCAUUCACGGCAGUGCUGGAUGGCGAUUCGUCUCUGGCCUGCUGCAGAAAACACAGUUCCAGGAGUCAUUAGUGUAGCAGCCAUUGAGGCUGGGAAAUGAUACUCUGGGUGUUCCAUUGGACGGCAGAAAGGAAACGGUGGGAUUGUUCAGGUUUUGCCGUAAUACCAACAAGGAUGGAAAUGCAAUGCCCAGGGUGGAGGAAGUAAAUAAAAAUUUUUUAAACAAAGCA